AUGGAGUGUACCACGCUGAGCAGAGAAGGAGCAGGACUCGCGAAGCCGCCAAAACAUCUCUGGCGUCAACCAAGGACUCACAUACGGAUCAAGCAACGCUUCAACUCCGACAAUGAGCGCUACUUGUGCCGCAACCGGACCCUGGAGAAGCUGCGACCCGGGCUGAAGAAGCCCCGCAUGUCCUGGCCCUCCCCGUUGAGACGGUAACUUCCCUCCCCUCUUAAGUAUCAAAACUUAACACAAAGCCUUAAAGUUGUUCGGUUAAACUAGCACACUGCUGUUUCGGUUAAAGUAUUUUUUUUACUGAAAAUAGAGGUGAGCUUAGAAACCCUGGUGCGAAGACGAUUUAAACUUCCGACUAACCAAUUGAAACAAUGGCGGAGAGAUUAUUUGGCGUUUCUAGUCCCCUUUUUAUUUUUCUACAUGCCAUGUCAGGUAAAGAUCUGUCAUAACAAGAAAUUUACACCAACCACCCAUCAACAUUAUGAGCAGGUAAUUUAAAACAAUACAAUAGCUCAAAGCUAUGAAUCCUUCUUACAGAGAGCUUUCAAAUUUUCUGUAUUCAGUCAAGAAAUUUGAAUUGUUGGUGGUGGCAUAGUGGAGUGUAUUUUUCCAAAAGAUUUUCCUUAUUCUUGUCCACUUCAUCUACAAACAUGGAGGAAAAAUAGGAACACUUUUCAAUACAUAGCACUCCAGGACACUUACUACCACUUACUAUCACAUUGAAUACCAAUUGCCGUCCACUUGACCAUGUAAACAUAAAUGAAUUUGCAUCUUUGUGAAAGUAGAAUAUGCAUUAGAGUUGUUGCAUUACAUUAGAUUGUCCAUUGAACAUAUUUGUGACAUUGACAUUAUGGGACUAGAGAUGCACCGAUUCAUUUUUUUCAAAACCAAUCCAAUACCGGUACCUUGGCUGAACGCUUGAUCUGCGUCAUUCAUCAGAUAUCAGAUCCAGUUAAUUUGUCAAUAUCGGAGCCAAAAUCCGAUCCAAAUAUCAGAUCGGUGCAUCCCUAUAUGGGACAAGUAUACUUUAAGUAAUUUACCAAAAACUAUUUGAAAAACAUUGUUUUCAUCUCAGAGAGAAGAGCAAAGGAGAGAUGAGUCUUUAUUAAUUUUACUGUUCACCACAAAGUCCAAUAGCCUGCUGAUAUAAAUGGGACUAUCACAGCUGAAUCACAACUCCCACUGUAAUUGCACUAAAAUGCUUAAUUCCCAAGUAGCCAGUCAUCACCCAGUUAUUGAAUCUACAACCCAGACCGAUCAGCAACUAUAGAAAAUCUCAAAGCCCCUGUAAGAAACUUAGAUUCAGUAUGAAUCUAGUUGCCCAAUACAGACAAAUAACUUGUCUUUUCACCUGUUCUGUCCUGUAUGUGAUAUUAUUUUUUUAAUUACUAAAAGAUAAUUAUACAUUCUGUGAGGUCUGACAGAAUGUCACAGAAAUAAAUCAAAUUCUGAAUCAUGUUUAUCUUUUUACUGCAUACCAACCGUACAUAGGCCACUCGUAUACCAUAUAAAACCCAUAUGAAUUCUGUUGCUGGAAAAGAGGUUUGUACUUUUUGUAAAUUAAUCAUUAUUUUCAUUACCCUAAUCUGUAGGCUGAAUGUAAUUGAAAAUGUGUGUGUGUGUUUUUGUGUGUGUGUGUGUGUGUGUGUGUGUGUGUGUGUGUGUGUGUGUGUGUGUGUGUUCGUACUUGGGGGAGGGGGACUAUUUGUCUGAUGCCUUCAUGAUGUGAUGUGAAGCCAUCUCAUGCCUUAUCACUGUAAAUCUUUGAUUUGGCGGCAUAGUAGCAACCGCUUGUCUGACUGUCACCUUAUGGCAGUGGUGACAGCCCUUAAAGAUAACUAUCACGUAUGAACUUUAAAGCUGUUUUUGGUUGUUAUUGGUCAUGAUUCGCUCUAUUUUUUGUUCCAUGCUCUUUUGAGUGGAAUAACAUAAGAAGAAAUAAAAUGAUUCUGAGAUGGACUGAAGCUUAUCAUGCCAGUCACAAUAUCUCUAAUAUCCUCCCGAUUUAAAAAUGUUUAAGAUAUAUAGCGUACACAUUUUGUGUUUACUCAUACCGACACAAUCUAUAACAGCAGAGUGUUUGCAUCUAAAUGAUUUGUCAAUGUUAAUCAUGGUAGCUGUGGAAAACACUAGGAUACCAACCAAUUUUCUAACAUAGUUGUGUGUAUUUGAUUAAUGCAAAGAAGAGUGCAGAGGUGGUGUUGGUUGGGCUGAUGAGCCCUAUAUAUCUUUCACUCAUGAGGCUUGUCAGCCCACCCUUAUUUGUCUCUUAGUGAUGAGAGGAAGCCUAGGGAUUGUGACUUUCGAGAAAAUGUUGCACAACUUACACAUUUUUCUUUCUACAAAGUAUAGUGUUUUACUGUAAGUGCAAAGUCACUGAUGCUGUCUUUUUACACAGUAGGAUAUUGUGUUAGUCAGUGAGGAGAGGAAAACGCUAUUACAAACAUGGUUAAGUGGUUUGAUAUUGCAUUCUUAGAAAAUUGGAUUGUGCAAUUUCAUGCAAUUAUUGUUUGCAAGUGCAGGAAAAUUGAGUCAGAGAAUAAUUUCUUCUUUUAUUUGUUGAAAUUGAUCAGAUAUCCAACAUGUUGUGGAAUAGAGAUGAAGAUUAUUUUAACCAUCAAACUGGUAGGUGUUUUAGCGAUUGAGUGGGUGUCUCCUGCCGAGGCUGCCUACCUGGUCUUCUGGCUGAGCUUUAUGUUUUACUCCAUGUACUCUGAGGAUGAUGGUGGAGAUGUGAGGGAUGUUUUGCUGACAGCAAACUGCUCUGCAAACCUCGUCCGUCGGGCUGAUGAAGAGCUCUGACUUUCUGUGCUUCUUUGUGUCCAUUUUUACUCGUUCUUUUACAAUCACACAGUGUGCCUCACCUCUUUUUAUACUAUCCUGGACUUUGAAGUGAUACAAAGCAGUCUUGCUUUUAUGAAUACUAAAAAAAAUGAAGAAAUAGAGGAAAAAUAAGCCUAAUCACUUUUUUUGAUUAAAUAUGUAUAAAAUUCAAUACAUGCUUUGUGAGCACUCAGUUUGUGGUCCAUAUUGUUUCAUCUUUUUGAGUAGGAAUUUGGUACCAUGAUGGCUCUAAGCCUGGUGCAGCCUCUUUCAUAUUAAUCACAGAGGAAAACACUGCCUAUCCUAACCUUAUAUUGCAUCACUAUCUUAGAUCCUCAGUAUGAUAGCAGCAGACACUGACCCAUACUUUUAGGACAGUGUCUUUGUGUUUCGCUCCUUAAAAAUGAUGAAACAGGCAAAUAUCAGAGACAAUAAAAUCUCCUGUGAUUAGCUGUAUCAGAUUUUAACAGGCAUGAAACCACUGUCAACUCAGCUGUGUCUGUGUCUCUCCAGACACGGCGAGCUGUCAACAAGCACUGCUGUAGCUUGAUUCAUCUCAGAGGCUUUUCUCACACAAGCUGUAGAGCUGUUUUUUUUCCCCAUGAUAGUGCACUGAGAAGAUAAUGACCAGAAAUGGUUUACUGUAAGCUGUUUUAGCUCUUGAAAUAUGACUGAACACCAGAAAAGAAUAAACUCUACAAUGUGAUUUACAUACGCAUCACUGACAUGGGUUUUUCAGUGUUUGCUGUGUGUAUAAGAUACAUCAAUGCUUUCAUCUGAUUUUACUCUGCUAUGUAGUUGAUAACUUUUGUUUAAUCCAGGUGCUAAAUAUUUUUUGGCUUGUUUUUGUUAUCUAGUUUUUAAAAAUGUUUAUAGGAUUCCACCCAUAAUGCAUUUUUAUCAGUCUGAAAUGUGUUGUGUGAUGUCUUUGCAUCAUAAUGGUUCAUAUUUGAGGAGGGGAAUGACUGUAAUCAGGAUAAAUUUGCAGUACAAUCUUUCUUUUCUUGACAUUUAACCUUUUGUGUAGGGGCUAUAUUGUAUUGAACUACAUCUCAGAUCUGAACAAAUAAUUUUAAUGGAUCCUUAAUGUGCGUUUUUAUCAGGAGGAGGUCAUGAUUAAAAAAGAAGAGAUUGAAUGAAGGAUUUAUUGUAUUGUCCGUUUAAAAAAAAAAAAAAUAGAUGCUAGAUGCAGGGUAGAGACAGAGAUAACCCUUGGGAUCACAGUUUCACCCUGAGGCAUGGUUGAGAUGAUGAGAAUAUCAUAUUUACAAGAACAUUCAUGUACUGGCAACGCAGCUGAGAAUCUGAGUGCACGUGUUUGUGUCUUCUUUUGGUCUGUUUUCCCGCAUCAACCCCCCCAACCAAAUCAUAUUGCGUGACGCCACAUGUCCUGUAAUGUCACCACUCUGCGAUGCAGUUGUGAUGUUCUAAAUAUAUAUAUUUCCCACCCAAGUACGUAUGUCUGGCUGUGUGCAUUAAAAUUGACUGUAAGGAGCAGUACAAACAUGAAUACAAGUGGAUCAUUGGGUGCACUGGUACCAGUCACUGUAGCGUGGAGGUGUCAUUAAAUCGGUGUCAUUUUUCUUGGGCAGACUUUUCUGUGCUCUCCCCAUCAGCAUGUACCCUUAAGUGCAUACAUCAGCUUUUCCCCCGACAGUAUCUGGAGACCCGAUGGUGUGAAUGUUGUCUGCACCAACUACUCGGCCUUGAAUGAUGACGGUGAAAAUGCAAACAGGUUGAGCUGUAGGUAGGAGUAAGAAAUAUGAGUCAGCCAGCUUUCCAGAUGACAACACCGCCACCGCCGCUGCUACUGUAAUUCUUCACUGAAUAUAUUUCUGACGUUUUCAUCCCAGAAUACUUCUGAUGAUGUACCAUUCCAGAUGACUCAGACAUUUUUUUUAAAUUAUGGAACACCCUCAAUACAGGUGGGAGAAUUUAUAUAAGAUUAGGUAUUACAAAUUAACACUUCUAAAACCUCUCCUAUCUAUGUUUACAUCUUUAUCAGCAUACUAGGUUUUGAGCAGCAGAGAUGGUGGAAUCAAAGAUCCUGUUUUCCUGAGUCUUGAGGUCCUUACACACCGGGGCCGACACGAAUAUAGAACGUGAAAUCACGAAACAAUCACGAAAUAUUCGGAGGCGAAGUUUGACAUACCUGACUAUACACAUCAAGCCCGAUGCAAUUUUGCGACUUUCAGGGGGGAAGAAGACACAUCCUGGGGAAGACUUUUCCGGGGGAAAGUCCCGCCUCCUUCGCCUCUGAUUGGCUAGAAAAGCUGGAAACAUCAUCAUACGCUCAAGCCAAAUGGUCAGCACUUAUAGCCAAUCAGAGGCGAUAAGAUAAGCACAUGAAACUAUGGUAACAACCGUUAGCUUAUGUUAGCGCAGAUAAAAGUUAAAACAAAGACGUUUAGCAAACUGUUAAAGCACACAAACCAUUGUCAUAUGAGAGAUCCCAUGCUAUGACUCUCCACAAGUUGUCCUUCAGGUCGUUAUCUUUGUAAUGUGUGUGUAAACAAUCAUAAACAAUCAGCCGGUCGGCCAUGUUGGAUAUACCAGUGAAUCAGACGUCGCAACAACACGCAAUCUGAUUGGUCAGAAGUGGACACACAGUGUGCGAAACUUUAGAAAAAUCGACCAUGAUCCCAAAAAAUUAAUGCCGCAAUAUCGCAGGACGGGAAAACGUCACUGAUGUGAACGCUUGUAUUGACAGGAUACGGGUUCGGAAAAAAAAUUUGGCGUCCGAAAUAAUCACACGACAAAAACAGUCCCGGUGUGUAAGGACCUUUAUACUGAGACACAACCUAAAGCUAAUAUUGUACUAACAUGUUUUAUAGAUAAGAUUGAAAAUAUGUAUAAAAUGAAUAAAAUCCAAAUAUUUAUAAGUUACUUAUCAAGAAAUCAGUCAGUAGACUGUAACUUUAAGUCAGUUAUUAAGUUCUGCAGUCAACCAUAUUGAAUUAACUUUGAAAAAGUCAAUAAAACUGAUUAAAAACAAACAGUCAAAGCUUCGGUUGUUAUGAUAUCCACUAAAAGUAGAGAUACUUUCAUAACUUCUGUUGUCAUAAAGUAAAAGAACACAACUCAGUGCAUAUUGUAGAGGUGAACCUACUCUUCACUCCAUCCCUCGGCCUUGUCCUUUGGUUUGGUAUUUUAAGAUUUUUUCCACCAUAUAUAUUUUCUUUAAUUUCCACCCCACUUUAUCUGUGUCUGUUUCUUCAGGCUUGCAAUCUUGCAAAUGUCAUUAAAUGUGCCAGCAGGACUAGCAGGGUACAGUUACACUAAAAAGAAAGAAUGUUGAAUUUGUUGGAUUGAUCUCCAGGAUACACAAAGGAAGUUUUAUGUAAAACUUGCAACUGUUGUCAGGAACACUAUACCUACAUGUUACUGUCGACUGCAUCAUGUCAAGUACCGUCUGCCAUUUUUUGCUGUCACUGUGUUCGUGCAGCUGAUUGCACUUCUAGUCCACGUGAGAACAGAAAGAAACUGUUAUCUCGUUGAUGGGUUCCCCUGCAGGUAAUGAGAGUGGGUGAGCGCAGCACUGAGAUGGAGUGUGACUGGAUUGUUAUUUCACGAAGGGAGAGUUAGUCAAAACUGAUGUAAUAUUGGUUAAUGCAUAUACCUGCAUGAGCUGACCUGCAGAUGUCAGUUAUUGUGUUGAUAUUGCUUUUACCAAGUUGCAUUACAUAAUGAACACCAUUUAACACCCUUGCAGCCACUGCAGGGGAGAUUAUUACCCAGUAGAAUGAUAGACUGCUGAUGGAUUCUGCCUAUUUAGCUCUGUGCGCACUACCCCUGACAACUCCCAGGGUGUUGUGGGUAGUUUUUUUUAUGUUUGAUAAGGAAGGAAAUAGUUUUCUAAAAGAAGUGAAAAUGCAUUAGCAGAUGACUUUAUCCAUUAAAUAGUUUUUUGGUUAAUUUGUUUUGAUUAAAAUGUUCCACUCGAGUUGUAAUUCAAGUGAAUGAUUUAUGACUGAAAUCAUUUAACAUUUUUACUCUGCCACAGCUGACACAGACUACUUUGCAUUGUCAUUAUUUUUUUUCUGUUUUUGAAAGUAUUUCUGUUUAUAGCCAAACAGGAGAUCAUAAAUCAUCUGCUUUUUAUGUUCUGAGACAUGUCAGAGGUAAGAAAACCAGUAAACUUGGAUUUACAAUACAAAAUUUGUUGUUGCAGCCUUCUUCCUCAGCUUCAUGUGGUUCUUGCUAGACUAAAGGUACAUUUGUCUUUAGUCUCGGAGAAAUUGGUACAGCCAGUGUGAUUAGAUUCAUCACACUUAAUUCUGCCCUAAUGACCAAUUUUGUAGUCAGUAACGCCUUUGUUGAGUGUCCAGGCAGCAGGUUACCCCUUUGAGAGGUCUGAAAAAGAUUUGUGAUUAUAAAAGGUUAACAGGAAUGUCCAUAGGGUACUGGUACAUUGAUUUAUUGUCACUGUAGUUAAUUGAAAAGUUGACAAAGGAAACACGAAGCAGCCUGCAACCACUCCUCUGCUGUCAGCUGAAGGAAAUCACCGUGGUCUUGGGAGACAGUCUUUGCCUUUGUUUUUUGACUGGGCUGUUUACAAAAAGUAAUUAGUUGGGGCACUGGAGACUACAGUCAGGAGAUGAAGAGUUGAAGACAAGCUGAAAAAAAAAUCCUCUUAAAUGCACUUCUGUUUGAGAAGAGGCUUAGCUUUCCAAAAAACUUUAUUAUUAGUUAUCUGUUAUUUGAUUGUCGAGAAUAUAUGGCUGUAUAAAGACUGUCACUUUAAUCAGUGUAAAUUUUCUGUGUUUUGAUGUUGACUAUUAAAUUCCCCUUCAUCAGAUGAGGCUCUCCGUGUUCAUGUUUGGAUGUUGCACUGAACAGUAAAUUGUAUGUAAUCACCCGUUAACCUCACAUCAAGGUUGAAAUCUCUUCUCUUCUAAGCAUUUCUUCUUGACAAAGCAGGGCUGAAUGGCCCACAGAGCCAUUUUAAGAUGUCUUGAAAGGUCACGAUGUAGGGCCUACCUCCUGUUUAUGUGGUUAUGACAAUGUAAUUGGCCAUUUAGUCCCUUCAAACAGAUUCAUGAUGCGUGAUGAAUGUUAUUUAUCCUCUUGCAAAAAAGCACAGCUGGGACCUUUUCUCCUCCCCUCAAUUUGUUUGCUUGUAGAAGAGAAACAAUUAAAGUGUAAAUCACAUGAGGUCCAGUUAUUUUCCUCCAAAACAACCAGGUUUCUCCAGUCACUGAAAAGUACUGGAUUAUUUAUCUGCUGAUCUUUCUAAAAAGUGUUACACAAGAGGUAAAGAAAAAACCUUGAAGGGGCACUUGUAUGAACAUCAAACUUUAGACAUGGGUGUGCUAAAAAUCGGUUCCAAAACUUCGCUCUUGCUUUUGCUUUUGUUUGUGUUGUAGUUUCCUUUGAAUAAACUUGACAUAAAAACUUCUAACAGGGAAUCUCGAUCAUGGAAGGAUUUAGGAACAUUCUUAGAGCAAUUGAGCGAGGAAAGGGCAGUAACUUUUAUCUCAGUAAGGAGACGCGGUUGAAAGGUAUGACACAUUUUUUUUUUUACAGCUAAUCCAGAAAAAGGGAAAAGCACUCUAAAAAAUUGCCCUCUCACUGAAAAGGGGGCGCACUCGCUGUGCACCUCUCUGCAGAUGAGAGACAGAGCUGUUAGUUUUUCUGUCCAACUGCAUGUUAAUAUUAACCUUUUAGUGCCAUCUUUUUUACCAAGAAAGUAUACUUACACUUGGCUCGCCUGUCAUUGAAUUUUACAGUUGCUUGGUAAUGUUACUGAAGUCAUGAUUACCACUCGAUUCAGUAUAUAGUAUUUACGUUAGUCACUGUCAUUUAUUGUUUGGGGUGCUUUUCCUCUAUUUUGCAGCCUAUCUGCUAUUUCCUCUACAGCUUUAGAAGCUCUUAAUUCUCUUCGAAGUCCCCUUCACUCCUCUCAAAAGUUUUUCACCUUUAGAUCUUUUUUGGGGAAAACUUCAUAAUUGGCUGUGUUCUUAAAUUUUGUCUCUAGGACCACAGGACUGUCUCCUGAUACCGUUGUGGUUAACAGUGUAGAAGUGUUGAGCCAACCCCAGAAGGCAAUCAGCCAAGCCAAAUACAAAUGCCACGACAAACUCAACACCAGGCUUUGUUUUGUUUUAUGUAAAAGAAUAUUUUGCCUGACUUGGAAAAUACAGCUGCUUUAAAACAAGGCAGAGAGCCGUGAUGUAGAAGCACAUCAUUUUGAAUGAUGCUUAUAGCUUUCCUGCUCUUUAUGCAUUUGCCUGUGGCGGGUAGAAAGAUCAUGCAAAAUUGACAGUGUUUAUGCUGAUCCCAGGCAGACCUGUCGCCUGUGGCAGAUACAGGCCGGGCGCUCCUUGGAAGCUGCUGUUGCUGCGUUGCUUGAUCAACUUGGUUUCAUGGACCUUGGAUUAUUUAAUGUUUUUAUUACUAUCAUACUUUUUACAAAUAACAUUUGCAAGUGAAGUUUGAUAAAACCAUCCAUAGAAUCUCAAAUGUCAAAAUUAAAGUUAAAUUUUCCCUAAAAGCUACACUCAGUUUUUGUGUGUUGAAACAUCCAUCAACCAUCAUCAUGCAUCUAUAGAGCUGAGUAGACUCUAACCUUUCAGUAAUUCAUCAAGAAGUUAGGAAGUUACUGUGUUGUAUGAAACUAUGUAAAAACCAUAGACUGUAUAUAGAGUGGAUGCCGCCUGCCUCCUCGCUGGGUGAAGCCACUGUGAGAACAGCACCCGCUGGUAAUGGGCUGCAGUAUAGGUCAUAAAUCCCGCCUCCUUCACUAAUCCCUAUGGAGCUGUGGACAACCUUUAGAAAUUAAUUACACAGAAUAUACAUUUUCCUCCCCCUGGCUGCAAAGUUGACAUGUAGUUACAGUAAGACUGGUUUGUGCUUAAGUCCUCUUUUUUCUGUGUAGCUCAGCUUUUAAAAGUUAUUAGGGGGUUCAUGUUUUCUAUGAUUGAUACUUAAUACAGACUAUGGGCGUAAGAAGAUUGUGUGGCUCACCUGGGGGAUACGCUGUUUGAGCAGAGCGUCAUCACAGUGACGUGGUUGAAUGUGGUAGUGGUUCCAGGAAGUGGAGAAAAUCCUGGAAAUACUAAGAGCAAUUCGGCUUCCAAUUCGUAUUAUGACAGAAGGCGGAGCAAAGUGGUCCAUAGACCAUAGUCUCUUCAGUCUAUGGUAAAAACAAGAUUCAAAGAUAUCACUUAAAAACCUGUUUUACAAGUUUUACUGUGCCCAAGAAAAACACAAUUUGUUCCUUUAAAAACCACUCGAAGUCUCUUUACUGCCCGUGGUCCCCUGACAACAGACAGUGAUUUCAACAUGAAGGUUCAUUCUUGACCUUGACAGAAAGAGAUUAUUUUAGGCCUUCUUACAAUCCUUAGAGAUAGGGGAAAAUUUGCCUCUUUUGAAAGUUCUUGUUCUUCAUGAGACAUUUGGUGAAGUGACCUUAGUAAAAGACCAGACAUGAUGUCAGAAAAAUAAUGGCCUCUGGAAAAGACAUGACUUUUCUCACCGAAUUAAUUUCGCCUAAGUGUGUGAUCAGGAUGUUCCAAUCAGCUUUUUUGACCCCCUGAUCCCAAUCUGAUUUGUUAAUAUGAAGUCUGCUAAUGACGAGUUGAGAUCAGACACUUGUACUCGCCCAGAUAAUAGAGCUGCAAACCAUUUUUUUUAUUUUGACCAAAGUAAACAAGGUAAUUAAAAGAUGCCCCCUGUCAUUUAACUCGUGACUUCAUUUUUAGUUAAAUUGAAAUUUCUUUGUUUUCCUAUCAUCAUCUAUGGUUGUUGCUGUUAGUGGCAUUACAAAAACAAUGGAACAGGGAAAUAAAUGAUUGAAUUUAUCUUUCCUCAUUUAGAGGAAGGUUGACAACAUAAUGUUUAAAUCAUCUGUAGAGUUUGUUGCUUUUAAUGUGCUUGUCUUUGCAUGUGUGUUUAUGCUAAUUUAAACCAUUGCUAUAGUUUAUUUUUCUUGUUGAGUGUACAGUGAUACAAUCAGGUGAAACUAGAACACUCAGAAUAAGUUCUCUGUGUGUUUGUGCUCUGCUCACAUCGUGCUCAGUUACAGCUGACGUAUGUGAUUGUGGGGGGAUGAUUGGCUUCAAUUGCUAAUCUUUGAUCAAUACAAAAAUGGCCAGAUUGGCGCUGAUCUGAUACUUGAGAUCAGAGGGACAUCCCUAGAGUUGUAGUGGAAGACAACAGAGCAUGUUGAGAUCAAACACAGUAAACAUUAUCCCAGCUUUGAAAUGGAACACAACUAUAUGUGGAUAUAUAGACCUCCCUUCAGUGUAGUGUAAAUAUGAUUACAUAAAAUAAGUAAUUCUUUACACAUUUUAUAUUAACUGCAGCAGAUUAAUAGGUGUUGGUAACUUUUGGUGGAAAUGUUAGGAUGGCAAGAACCUUCGUCUUCUUAAAAACCCUCAGUGGAACGCCGUUCAGUCUGCAACAAUUAAUUAUAAGUGCCCUGUGUGCCGGAUAAAUUUAUGAUAUCAAUGAGUCAACAGACACUGCAGCACAAUGAGUUUUUUUUUAUUAUCCCUGCAGUUACAUCCCACUCACAAGGGAGAUGUGAAAUGUAUCCAAAUGGCACACACAGGUGGUACAAUCUUAGCAUCAGCCAGCACUGUUUCCUCACAGCCUGGUCCCUUUUCAGACUGCAUGUUCUCCCUACCCCAUUCCAGGUCAUAAGACAUAUUAUUUGGGCUUAGCAAUACUAUAGUUACACAUAACCAAUGCAUGGAGCUGGAGCAACUUUGGCAUUUUCUGUUUCUAGAUUAAAAAGAUCAAGAAGUAUUUUUUGACUGGAAAUUAGAGGAGUAAGUGAGUCUGCAGGUAUUUCAUGGUAACAGAGGGAAAUACUCCACCACAAGGUGAGCUCAUUAUUUGGAAAAACUUUGGAGGUUGAUUUCCCCGUUUCUAACAAUAUUGAGCUAUGCAUCAUAAACGAAUUUGUGAGAGGCAAGCAGUCACAACAGCAAAUAGCAUUUCUCAUCCAACAGCACAACAGCUUGGUCAGCUGUAGAGGAGAUUAGUAGAGCUCUCCUUGUACAUGCAAACAAUGCUUGAUGUCAAGGUACAACAGAUGAGAAAAUGAAUGUGGUCGCUCUUGAUAAGCCCUGAAUAGCCAAACAGUACUCAGUGAAAAGAACAGCGAUUUUUAUCCCCGUCCCUGAACUGACCUCCUUCUCCUUCUCUCGGAGGCUACAGUAAGCCCUGUUUUAUUUGUUUUUCAGCUCUCUGUGUCUCUUGGCUUUGAAUGGAAACGACUUUUUGCACAUCUCAAAUAUUUUUUAUCACAUUUAAGAUUUUUCCAAUUCCUUAAACAGGUUUUAACUACUCAUUUGAAUGUAGAUAGCUGUAAUAUUUACAAUUCAGUACAAUUAUUUAUACAAUUAUUUAAAUGGAUCCUUCAAAAGUCUUAAUAUGGAGUCAUGUAAUUCAAGGUCUCUAAAGGUCUUUGCACUUUACAGUAAAGGUCUAAAAUUCUAGAUGGCUCUUAAAAUGAUCAAUUUCUUGACCAUACUCUUUCCUGCAUUCAUACUGAUGUCUGAUAUUUGAUUUUCAGUUACAAAUUUCCUCUUUCAGUAUACCAUGAGCUUUUAUUUUGAUAGUGAACAUCAAGCGUGGUUUGCUCUUACCAUGUUGAUAGUCAUGAUGGUUUUAGAUGACUGUAUUUACUCUGACCAAAGUUAAGUACAUAGGACUGAUAGUCCAUUAUAUACCAGCAAUUGUCACCAGUCAGUAUUGGUCACCUGUAGCCAGAAUAAUAACCACAGAGUGCACUGCACAGAAGUGCUUCAUGACAGAGGAACACAGUGGGGGAUACACACGGCAACAACUGCCUCACAGAGCAUUGUGUUGUGCUGCCACCGUUGUUGCUGUUCAGACUCAGACUACUAAUAUGAUAAGUCAUGAUAUUGUGACUUUACUCUAUUUCUUUACUUUCUGAAUAGAUUCUCAGGAUAUCCAUCCAUAUGUACUCAAAAGGUUCCCUGUUACUCUUAAAUUAAAUUUAACAAUGCUUAUUGGUAGCAUGUCUUUUGCAAUACAAUAAGCUACUGCAUCUGUGAGGUCUUUGUGUCAUUCAUUCAUUUAUUUAUUCAUUCAUGCUCAUCGGCUAUUCAUAUAGUCUACCAAAACAUGGCAGACUAUCGAAAAGCACAUUGACCGUGUUUUAUAUCAAUAUCGUGGGAAAUUAUUUUAUGAUAUAUAUCAUUAUCGUUUAAUCGCCCAGCCCUAUGUGAAAGUUACAGAAAGAUACUUUAAGGAAUUUCUCGAGGUGGGCUUUUGUAACUAUUUUUGGGGGGACUUUGGGAGACCAGACAAGACAGAAAACACCAUAAACUCACAAGCUGACUUAGCUUUCUGUUUUGGGGUCCCAAAAAGUCUCGAAUUUGAUUUUAUAACAUGUGCAGGAACCAUUUUUUAAGCUGUUUAUUGCUUGUUAGUAACAGCUUAACCACUGUCUUCCCCACCUUAUGCCCCCAUCAAUGCACACUGAAACAAUGAAUCUGUAAUAUAAGUAAUUGCUUUAGUUUAGCCAGUGAUAUGAGAAGCAAGGACGACAGAUCCAUCCCAGGAGCAAACAGGAGGCGGUAAGCAUAAUGACUCUGAUUCAUCACAUUGAUGCAGAUCUGUUGGUGUGUUGAGUCAAGGGGUAUCUCUGUGCCGAUUAAUCAGACACAGGCACAGAAUGAGAUUCAUCUUGUUUAGGCAGGAAGGCUUGGCCAUUUCACAGAGAAACAUUACAAACAGUUGACUCCCUGUCACCGUUAAUAAUAAACCUGACGCUGUUAGUGCAUUUUAAUUGUCAUAUCAUUGCCAAAUUAACUCAGCGUCAUCAGUUUUAUUAUUAGAAUCAAAAGACAUCACACUGCACCAGCCAGAAUCUGUGUUUUAUUUUUUUACUAAUUUCUUUUACAGUGGGUCUGUGAUAUUUGUUUUGCAUAACUAGCAGUUAAAUUGACAACCCUUGCCCAAGAGAUAGUUAUAAUUUGACGGAUCAACCUGUUUCGUUUUCCUAACAAAAUCAAAUCUGCAUUAAGCCAAAUUUGACUAUCUACAUAAGCCCACUGUAACAGCUUAAAUUACAAUCUGCUGCUCUAAAGAGGGCCAUGUCCCCUGGCUGAGACGCUGAUGAUAAAGUCAUAUUAAACUCUGAUCGGACAGAGGCCAGUGAAACUCCAGCUGUUCACAAGGGAUAUGCUUUGGAGCUUAAAAGCAAAAUAUAGAAUCCUAUUUUCUCAAAUUUUAUUUAUUGUGCCCCUCUGUGGUCAGACAUGGCACAAGUAUAAUCAACUCCCUCCCACUCCACAGGGAAAGCCAUGCAUUGCUCCCUGUUGUCUUUGUUUUUCAUUAAAGUGUCUCAUCCUAAGUUUUGGUCUGCAACUAAAAAAAUGUACUUUAAUCACUGGGAUGCCAACAAGAUAAGAACUGGGCGAUUUAUUAAAAAAAACGCUUCUCCAAUAACUCUAAAUUGCAUGCAUAUAAUAUAAAUCAAGGCAUCCUUUGGGAAAAACAGGAAAACUCCGGGAUUGAGUAAAUCACUGUUUAAACUUUAAAGUGAAGCUAGGAAGAUCUUUGUUUUGAUCUUUGAUAUACUAAAGGAUAUUCUUACUUGGUAAUUCAAAGUAUUCAAAGUCAGGCCUUGGGGGAAAGAAAAUAUUGCAGGGAAAGGAAACAUUGACAAAUACUGAGCAUAUUGAGAUUUUCAGAAUAUAUUUUCUAUCCGUUGGACUAAAGGCACUCUUGCAGACUUCAGACACUAAAUUGCUGAAAGGCAGAAUCAAAUCUUAUGUUUGAAGUUAGAUUUGACUAUUUUGCUAACAUUGAAGCAUAUUGUGUUACCCCUGAGCAUGUUUCCUGGCAUGUUAUCGGCCAUGCUUUUUCUUAUUUAGUUUAAACAACAUGCUUUGCAGAAGUAAAGUGUAAGCAAGAUUGGAGUCAGCCAUUUUUUCCUCUUUUUUGUGUAUCAUCUUUCUCAUGCAACACAAAGAGUUGAUUGCUUCAUAAAGAACUUGGAAAAAAAAUUGACCUCUUAGUGCUUGUCAAAGUGUUUGAUAUUUUUGAUGUAAGGCUUUUCAAAAAAGGAUUCAUACUGUUAGUGUUCAGGUUGAAAAAUAACAGAUAACUGGUCAAAACACCACCCCUGAAGAUGAACAAUUGUUCAGUUUGGUUGCAUCCAUUCGAUCCUUAUGUAUAAUUUUACCUUCAAUUGACAAUUUCUCAGUCUUGUGAGAGGUCUGGCUGACAUCUGUCCUCUUACACAAUUGUAUGCAAACUUCAAUUUUAUCUCUUCCGCCACCGCUUACAUCUUUCUCUAAGCUCAGGAGCAGCUGGACACAUGAGUCAGAGGCUUUGAAACGUUGUGAUCAGAUUGAUAAUAGGGCAAACCUCACUGCUUCGCUUUCUAAACCUCUAUGUCAAACUAGAUUCCUCAGUCUCAGACCUGUUGAUGAAACCAUCAUGUUUUUUCUAUUCCCCAAUGAAAACACCUUCAAAUUUCAGGUGAAACAUCAUAAACAAAAGCACAGAAGCACUCAGAGCAGCAGCCCAUGGCUGUCUCCAUGGCAAAAAAUGCAUUCUUCAGACCAAAGAUAGGCCCAGGAGAGGGGCUCUCUGCCGUGGUGAUGACUGCUGUGGGCCAGAAUGCUUUUGAUAGAAACUCUGGUAACCUUAGUUUUAAAAUUACUAUUGCACAAGGUCUAGUAGUUCAUAAGUGCUAACCAGCUAAAAAAUAAAAAUAAUGUAUAGUAAAAUAUCAAAAUAUAUUAUGAAUACUAUGUCAGCCUUAAAUGAAGAAAUAACAUAUUUUAGUCCGUGAAAGUCGUGAGGCCUGAUUCCUAUAGAUUCUUUGUGGUCCUUAUACUUGAAAUCGGAGGAAACUGAGAAUACCGGAUGCUUUCUGUUUGGCACAUUGCACAUGGAAAAUUUUCAGUAGUAGCAAAAGCAUGGAAAACUGCUGAAUUGGAGUGCCAACAGCUGGUAUGUUAAUGAAAUAUGGAGUGUUGCUGUAGGCUCAGCUGUCGUUUAUAAUGAGGGGCUCUUUGGAACGUCAAACAUCAAAUGGUGUUGUCAACUCAGAAAAACUAUUAUAGAUUGAUAGUUGUUUAUUUCUUUGGAGACUUGCUCGCCAGCUCUGAUAUCAUGUUUUAUAUUUUAUAGCUUGCAAAUGCUAAACCUGUACAAGUAAAGAAUAAAAGGAAAAAGAGGAAAUGCUUGGUUAAACCCCCGGGGAGAAAUUGAAUUUCAUCACACUGUUGUUGAAACCCAUCACACAUAGACUGGAAAUAUAUAUAAAAAUAUGGUUGUAUGGAUGUGCAAUAAUGAAGAAAUGAUGAAAAAAACACGAAGAAGCCCUUACCUACAUGCUGAACAAGUGGCUCUGGGUGCUAUUAUGCUUUUUGGAGAUACUUAAAUCUGCUGUCAAGCAUACAUUAGGGCAAAUUUGCUAUUCAAAUAAAGCUUGCUGCAGAAAACGUCCUAAUCAUAAUAGCAUCAUCCACUUUAGAAGAAUAUUUUCAGCAUUUUCAGACAGUUGCUUAUCACUGCAGCCUAUGCAGAUUGGCAAAAUAGUUGCCUCUUUCCCCAAGCUCAUCAUCUGUAUGUAUACUGAAUGGAACUUCCUCAACUUGUGACUCUUGUAGCAGAGAAUAGAGGCAAUGACAGCUCCUCUCCACAAUCAGACGUAUCACAAGAGCAUUUUUCACAGAACUGCAUAUUUAUUGGCUUGUUUGAGCUGGUGUGCCAUUUCUGCGUUAUUUUUGUGAUUCACACCUUGAGUCAGGAAGAUAGAGGUGGCAAAUGACACAAAUUCAGUAGACCAUCACUUGCCUCAGGUUAUUCAUGAUGCAAAAAUAUAAAACUGCUUUUACUAGCUGACAUUUUAUACGAGUUAAUAGGUUCUCAGAUGAUUCUCAGUUAAUUAAUCCCAGUUGUAAAUAUUUUUCUAUUACAGACCUUCUUUUUGAUGUCUCUCAGCAGAGAUGCCAUUUUAGUUCAAGCGUUAUAAAAAAAGAAGCUCAAGUGUUCAGGCAAAAUUUUCUUAUGCACCGCUCUCCCGACAGUAGCUAUUAACCUGAUGAAAAUAAUCCUCUGCUGCUAAAUUCACUGGUUUUUAAUGAUACUAUAAGAAACGUCACUGCUGUUUGAUGUAUUUCCUGCAGCAGAAUAAUAAUACUGUAAUAAGCUGGGCUCAAAUUUGUUGGAUCAUCCCCAGCAUGUUUUCAAAAUGAAGAUCUUUAUGGACGGUCUACUUUUACAUCUCUGUGUGAUUUGUCUUUAGUCAAAGUUUCUAAUAAAUCAAACUCAUUCAACACACCCUUUUCUCCAAUGUAUUAUUAUGUUCUCUCUUUCAUGACUGGAAAAUAAAACAUAGUGCUAAUAAAUUAGUAUUCUACUAAUUAACAAAUAAGAUGAAUGUAGAAACCUUUAGCUGUUAAUGUUGCAGAUGUCAAGUGGAGAAAAAUGGCCCGAGCUCCCAAAUGUCACGAUUUUUCUUUACUUUUCAAGUAGAGAAAUUACUAAUGGAAUAAAAAUUGUUGCCUCAAAAGGCUAAAACCCCCUAAUGUUGUGACCUUUUGGUGACAGUCAGCCUCACAGUCUCACCCAGAGUCUUCAUCCAGAACGGGAAACAAAGCCUGACCUUCUCGUUGAAACACUAUCAAUGAAGCCGCACCCUUGGGUCCGCCAAAAGGUUUGCUCAUCCAUGAGCUCUAUUUUGUUUUGCAUUAGCUCUGUCCCCCCUGUGGUGUUUGUUUGGGAAUGGAGGCCUGUACUGUAGUUUGAGCUUGGCUAACUCGGAGAGCUUAUUAUACUGAGAGGUUGGCACUGAAAAUAUAAUACAUUUGAUAAAUGGGAAAACAUCACAUAUGACUGAGACAAUUAAUUAGAUAGACAAGAUACCAGCACAGCCCACUCAGCCUCAGUAAUUUAUUCAGCAGCGAUUUGACUUCCUCAUUGCUGAAUACUGUCUGGUCCCAUGACACAAAUGCUUAUCCUACCUUCUAUUCCUCCUGUUUUUAAUAACUUUUUCUGCUCGAUGAGAAGAAACAGAAAAGCGUCUAGUAUUGUAACUGAUAUUUCACUCCUUUGACAAAAUAAUCAGAUAACUAGAGGGUUGACCACCUGUCAGUGCUGCUGAUCAGCAGUGUAUAAUGGGAUGGUAACAGAAGCAGAUUUGACAUGUGUAAAUGAACUCUCUUCAGCUUUUGUGACACAUUCUGGUGCUACUUUCCUCACAACCCGGUGUCGAAACAUUCCCCCCUCCCAGCAGUCGAGACCAGAAACAGUUUCUAAUUAAAGUCACUCCCCCAAAGUGUUACAGCUGAUUGGACGAUGGUGAGUCUAACACUUCCAGGCCGAUACGUUGAAGCUGAGUAGCUGAAUUCGUUUUUAUGUUUUUAUCCUGUCAAUGUUUGACUGUGAUUUUGUUUCUGAACCUCUUUGAAGAGGAAUCCAAAGAGCGCCCUUGCCGACUGUGUUGGUUGUUUGUGUUCAUUUGAACAUCUCAUCAGUGUCUCUUUCUUGGUUUUUGCAUGUUGAAAAGGUUUACUCAUCAGCCUUUUCUUUGUCAGUCAACCGUGGGGGAUGUUUAAUGACAACUCAGCAGAGACCAGAGAAAAUAACACACUACCUCUUUCCUUUAUCCUCAUUUUUCAUUAUCAUGGAAGGAUAUUACACUUUUGUUUUAUGGUCGUAAGUAAUGAAGACUGGUCAAAAACAGCUUUCCCCUCGCAAUUUAAAACACAGAUUAGGCCUUUUUGGAAAGAAAGAGCCAUUCAAUCAACUUUUUCUUGUUUGUAAGAGGAAGAUAGAAAGAUGGAUGCAUUUUAGUGGUAUUGUGACAUAUCAACGCAGUCUCAGGGAUGGCAACAAUUUAAUCAAGUCUGCCCACUGUGCCUCUGAAUCUUGCCGGUGCUUGGCUUAAGGGUGAUGUAAUCAAAGCAUUGUGAAUAUUGUAGAUGAAGCCCUGUCUGUCUUUGACACAAGGGGGAUUUUUUUGUUGAGCUACUUGUUGCUCAGGCAGCUUAAACUGCCUGAAGGUUUUAUCCAGAUGCUGGUAGAGGGAAGUGAAUCUCUUAUCAAUGUUUCAUUGGUGGGUAUCUUGACUGCUGUGCAAAACAGAGAAGCAUUUAUGUGGAUUUGUGCUUUGAAAUAUAACAGGUAAGUCAAGAGACAGCUGAAAGGAAAGACUUCAACUGUUUCACUUGCUUGGAGAGCAGAACAUGGCGUGUCUCACUACUCUGUCACUGUCUUUGUAGAGCAGAGCUGCUGAGAGCCUGACAGACCAUUAGGACUUGGAGUGUUAACACGGGUGUCAUUUCUUGUUUUGUUAAAGAUCUGAAUUUGACUCGGGUAUCAUAACUUUUUUUAACACUUCUUUAACAAGUCAUGCUGUCAGAGAUCGCACAGGAACAGAAGUAUAUUGCAGGAUGUCAAAAUGUGUACUAGGACACGAUACUGUAUGUUCAGUUUUGUUUGUUCAAACUUUGACAAACAAAAUGGUGUGAUUGUAGCGCCUUAGUUGAAGUUUUGUGGUAAGACAACCAAUGUGUCUGUCAGUAAUUGUCAAAGAUACUCAUGCUAACUCAUUGAAAUGCUUAUUUACACAGUAAAAUGGAAGAAAUAUAAAUUGUUUCAAGGUGUCCUCUACCAUAGGUUCUUCAUUAACCCUGAUCAGGUCUUUGGCAGGAACUUAUGAAAUUAAGCACAUACAUUUUUUAGUUUUGGCCUCUCAGCACUUUUUGUGAUUAAUCCUUUCCUCCAUGCAUUGGGUUUUCCUCAAAGCUCUGUGACUGUUUACUUUUACUCCUCGGUUUUAUCAGCAAACACUCACUAAUGGCACAGCCAACAUCACCAAAGAGAUGGCAAAUGGUCAAUAUUUGCAGAACAAACUAAGUGCCAUAUGGGCUUCUUUCCCUCGUUUUUUCCUGGUUGUUUUUUCAAUAAACCAUUGGAAUCCUAUAGAGUAUACUCACUUGUGAUUCAUUACAAGUUUAGCAGUUACCCUUUUAAAAUGUUCUCCCAUUACAACAUAAAUCUGGCAAACUCCAAAGUUUUGUCAAGCAUUACUCUGACAAAGAUUGACAUUUCAUAUUUUCCUCCUGGACUUUUCUGGUGUGUAUUUUUACUCGGUGGUUGCGGCUCCAGCCACAACACAAGGUCACCAAAUGGAGGUAGUGCCUCAGCAGAUGUCCUGUUUGAUUAACGACAUACUGUUUAACAUUGAGGGGCUCCUGUUGCCUAGGAGAUACAGCAGACCCUGACAGAUAGUUAGAUCUGAUGCUGCGUGAUAGAAGAUGUCAUGGGGGAGCCUAUCUAGAAGUUAAGGUCAGAAAAACAUGUAGAAGGGCCAAGACACACUGACAGCGCUUGACGGUAAAGACAGCAAGCGGGUCAUUAAAUGAAGAAAACGGGAAUUCAUAGUAUUUGUUGCAGACAGCUCCUAUAGGCAGCCGUAUGUUUUAACAUUGUUCUAAAGUUCAGCUGCAAAUAGAAAUACAUAGAUUUAUGUUUUAGUGUUUUGUGAUCUGUAGUCAUUUGAUCAGCAGGGAUGCACUGAAACCCUGCUGAGAGACUCGAUACUACAUAGGAUGCUGGCCUUGAUCCCAGCUCUCGGCCUUUUCCAGAGGAAGUUGUCCAGAACGAGCCACUUCAUGUUCCUGGCUCCUCUUCCUCAGGAGCUGGCUGGGACUCCAUGUAUCCAUCUGGACAAGCUUAUCAUAGCUCUGUGCAUCCCUUUUCUCUCUGUAACCACUUUUAUUCCCCCUUUUUACAUUUCUGGUUAUCAUUUUUGUAUACAACAGGCAGCAAAACUUUCUUUCUGUUGAUUGGAAGAUUCAUUCUUAACCUGUAAAGGAACAAAAUUAUACAGAAAUGAAAUAGAGAACAAAUUGUCUCUUUUUUGUUAUAAAUCAGCCAAAAAAUAUUGAAAUCAAAGUAGUGGUGAUAUGAUGCUCAUUUUUUUCCUGGUAGAUUUAGUAGAAUUGCCUGAAAAGACAAAAGACAAAUCUUCUGUCCACAAAAAAAAACAUUUCUUAUUCUACUUUAAGUAUUUUUGUGUGACCAAAUCUUACAUUGCUUUGCCUCUCAUCCAGGGCCCACUCAUGAAACUUUGCAUUAGUCUUGUAUCCACCAUACUGAUGGUUUUGUUUUUCAAUGGUGAGUUUGAAAAAGAUGACUGACCAAGACACUUGGUUUUCAUAGGAUUUGCUGCUACAGAAAGUUUUAGAAUUUAGAAUUUAGCUUUGUGAAAUUCAGCACUUUUGACUGUGGAUUAUUGGCACUUUCCCCCGUUUUUCCUUCUGCAGAUCAGGAUAUUGAUAUAAAACUAUACGUAUAUAUUUGCCUACAAUUAUAUAACAGAUGCUUUCUCAUUGCGGUUUCUCUAUCUAACUGCCAAUCUUCAUGUUAGAGAACAAGAGUGAACAUUUAUGUACUCUGCACUUUUCUCCUCACUCCCAUAUACAUUUCUGACGUAGGUUGUCUGUCAUUUCCUCGGGGUAUUUCAGAACUAUACAGUCCUUAUUGAAAAAGUCACAUUGCUUGAUCAAUUAGUUUAGGUUGAUUCCCAUUAAUCAUUUCAGUACUGUGGAGCGCACCACAUGCUCUAACCGUCUAUGAGAGUGUGAAUGUGUUUGCGUGGACAACUAAUAAUUACAUUUUCCAAAAGGUCAUUUUUCUUACUGGUUUUUAUACUUUGGAUCACAGCAGAAGAAUAUAAAAGGUGCUUGAUUAUUGUUUGGCAGAUGUCAAUGGAAGAAACUACUUCUAGUGUCAUCUGAACUUCAAGUCUUCCUGAAAUAUUUUGUAAUUUAUCGCUUUUUAUGUGUCUUAGUUUAUUAAAAGUUGAAUUUAUUCCAUGGUAGUCCCUGUUCCAUAUCAUAUGAGUUUUAUAUGUGUGUGUCUGUGUUUAUGAGUGUGUGUUUAUGAGUGUUAAGGGUGCCCUUGUAAUUUCAGUCACAGCUUCUCAAAUGUGUGUGUGUGUGUGUGUGUGUGUGUGUGCGUGUUUGUGCCUUUUUGAAACUUUUCUCAUUAAUGAAUGUUGAGAUGUUUGAAUAAUUUAAAUGCCACCUGUAAUGAAAUUUCUCGCCCUGGAGGAAACAUUGGAAACUACUACUUCAGAUAAAUCUUCACAGUGAAGGGGGGGAAUUUACUUUUUAGGCUGAAGAGUUGCCUUAUUUUUUUUUUUUGUUUAAGCUCCUGCAAGAUGCUCAGAUUAAGAGCUUCUUUUUUCUGAGCAAGUUACAGACCAACUUUUCUUCAAAAAGGAGUGAAAUAUUAUUUUUCCUCCUACUCCUGUAAUUUGUCAAGCUCCCACUCCAACACUUGUCUGUCACCUUGAUGAACUAUCAUCAGUCACAGGACUGUCUUCACAAACAGCACUUUGUUUAGUCUGAUUGGCACAUGUUGAGCACAGAAACGAUGUAAUCCACUGUAUUUGAUCAUAAAAUUCUUCAUUAUAAUCGUUUAUCUUCUAUCUAUGCAGGAGGUGGUUAUGGCCUCUCAGCAUUCAAGCAUUUUAGUCAUUUUAGUCAAUGCAAUAUAAAUGUAGGGUUAUAAACUGGAGAAAUAGUUGCCUCAAUAGCCAAACUAUGCUCUGUACUGGUUACACCCACUUAAUGCACCUCUAAUGGUUUCUUUUUUAAGUUGCCUGAAGACUCAGUAGAAAAUGCAGUAAUUACGCAUUACGAUUUAAUGUAAUAUUGACUUCCAAUGACAGGAUACCUUCACAUCUCACGUCAGAUCCUAUGAAAAUGUGUUUCUCUGUCCUUACGCUCCAGAAGCACAAGGCCCCUGAAGAGUCAUUCAUCAUUAAAGCUAAACUACUGAAAAUACACACUGUGGAGGUUUUUUUUUUUUAUCACACAUCCUUGAAAGAAAAGCUUUCAGUGCGACCACCUUGAUGGGAGAGAAGAGUGUCAAUUAAGGAGAUGGUAUUAAUGCAGUGAAGUUGUUUCCGUCUUACUUAUUCGAAGUCCUUGGUGGAAAAUGAGAUGCAGUUACACCUACAUAUGUUAGAGGUUUAUAGAUCAGCAUGUGUCCACGCUGUUAACUCCAAGGCUUUUCAGGUAUCUCGAUGCAGAUUUGCUUGAGUGUUGUAAAGGAUGGUGUAUGAGUUGAAGUGUUUUGUGAGGUGGAUCUAGUGCUGGUGGUGGGAGGAGGAAGGGUAUGUGACUCACCCGAGUAAAUAGUUCCACAUAUCCUGGCAUUAGUCACUUUAAGAGAAGAAAAGGGAUUCAGCUCCUUGUCUCCCCACCCCUUUGACUCAUAAUGGGAAUCAGUUGAUUGACUUGGCCCACGCUGUCUACAGUUCUUGGUCUUUUUAAUUUUUUCUGCAGCCCAGUUAACUUUUUAUUCACUCUCGGGCGAAAUGGGGAGACUGAGUUAGCAGAUGAUGUGGACUGUUUCCAGAGGGAGAGGGGUCAUGAAGCCACCAAUGCAGGAAAUGCUGAUAAAUUUGAAGCUUUCCUAAGCGCCUCCUCUCCCUCCACACCACCCAAGAUAAUUUGUGAUUUCCUCAUCCUGAGCAAAAAUUGUGUGGUAUUUGAUACCGUUUGUCCUCAUCAGUGCGGGUGAUAGAGCACCAUCUGCUGGUCACUUUUGGCAGCUCUUGCAACAACAGCAGUUAUUUUUUCCUCUUCUUUAAACUCAAAAAGAGGUGAAACAUCCAAAGUUAUAUCUCUCUGUUUCUUAAACUCUAUGCUAGAUCUUAAAGGAUUGACACUGACACAAUUGAAGAGUGAAAAUUAAAUGCUGGAUUUUUUAUUUAUUUAUUUGUGAUAUAAAGAUGUUUAUGCUCUUUUAAAGCUAAAACAGUACUGUGGGCUCUGAUUUAUUUACAAACUUUACUAAGCCACUAUUAUAUAUUGCUAUUAUUUACAGUGAUUAGCCUAAAACAUAUCUAAUAGGCUUCAAUAUUUGCUGAUCUAAACACUUCUGCAAUGUGACAAAAAAGAAACCCACAGAAACCUCAAACACGAAGGCAUCGGUCUUAAACUUUUUAAGUGCAGACCCCAGACAGCCAUGAAUACCAUAUUGACAAAGCAGGCAGUAAAAAAGUAAAAGGAUCUGUUAUAAAGAAGCACAAAGGGAGCACUAAUACAUUUGUAGAUAAGCCCAUGAUUCACUUUGGACAGUUUUAUUAUCUUGAUCUGUUUCCAGGCAAAUUGUAAUACUGAAAUAGAAAUGUGCUCUUUGUUUGUCUUAUUAAAUAAUGUGCUUUUGGGUCACAAUUAGCUUCAUAAUAAUAACCCGACAUAAGAAUCAUGUGUUUUUGUCUUUUUCCAUCUUAAUCUGUGCGGCGAUAAGCAUCAAGACAAAUACUCCUCUCACCUAAUGCUGCUGGCAGAGAGUCAAACGCUGCUAACACUAUGAUCUCUGCGGACUUAAACAAAGAGUAAAUCUGUCUGUUUGAUGUUCAACAGGAGUACAUGUGGAAUGUACUGUAAGUUACAUGAAAUGUAUUGACUGAAUCACCUGAUCUGUUAUGUAUGCAAGGGUGGACGUGCUCACAGCAUGCUGCUUAUCGGAGGGAGAAGUUUAGGCACAAGCAGAUUUAGGACUUAAGCUUGUGUAUUUUGGCUGCUUUGCUGAGUUUUGUUUUGGAUGGAUGAAGUCUAGGUCACUGGGUGUCUGUGGGUAAAAGAUGAAACUCUGUUCUUUUCCAUCACCCCUCAGCCCACUGGGAAAACACUAAUCAUUUGAGAUACGACUUAAAGUUGAAGUGACAUUUCCUGGGUCCCCGUUAUCUUUUAUCUCAAGCAGGCUCUGUUUUUAGACAGAGAGGGGCCCUGCUGACCAACACGGGGAAAAUCCAUCUCGGUUGCAGCUCCUGGAACACCACAGCUCUGGCAUGUGUCUACACAGGGAGAGCCGUAAUCACAAGUUAAUGUCUCUGUGCUGAUGGACUGAGGAAGGGAACAGAUGUAUGCUGCUUUACUCCUGCAUGAAGAGAGUCCUGGACACAGCUUCUUCAUCCGUGUUAUGAGCUAACAACGCUAUAAUUCAGGCCUGGCCAUAUUUAGGCAGGGCUCACUGCUAUGUAAACACAGCUAACUGCUGAGGGGAGGGCUCACUACUGCACUUAUGUCAGUGUCCAUCAGUGCCUGCAGAUAGUUCUGUGGAGAAAGGUAAUAAAGGUCCGACAGCUGUAAAGUUAAAGUGGAUUUGAAGAUUUCAAACACUCGCAGAAGUGGGUCCGACUAGCACACAUUAUGUGACUCAUGGGUUGUUUCAUGAUUUCACCUGAGGAAUGCAGCUUCUCUGACAUGGACGGCCUGGACUACCUGUCGGGGCCGAGAGCGUUGCCCAAGAGAUCAGCCUAAGAGCUCAACUUUUAUUGAAACUUGGACAGCAGCAUGAGUGAGGCCUUGUGGGAAAGCUCUAGGGAGGCUGUUUGCUUCCCACUCAGCAGCACUCAGCCCAUCCAGCUGAAACCGCGGUCAACGUCCGGUUCACCCAGUGGAUCCCCGAGGAUGUCCCCCUGUGACUCCCCUCGCAACUCACCCCGCCACUCUCCCGUGCUGUUCCGCAAACUCCUCAUGAAUCGCAGCAUAGCACUGCAGAGGCGCUUCACGUUGGCACACACGCCCAGGUAAAGAAACCGAAAGAGUUUAGUCUGUCGGGAUUUAAAGGUUAAUGUGUCUUCAACAGUUGUUGUUGUGCAGCGAUCUAAAGGUUCAGAAUCAGAGGUCAUAGUCACAGUUUCUUUUUACACUGUUGAACUUAAAUAAACUCAAGCACAUGCAUGUGUUUGGUAAUAGAGCAUGCUUCAGUUUUAGGAAAGAUGCUUUCACACGUCAUCAAAUGUGUGUCAUGGGUUUGCUGAUGCAAAAAAAGCCUCAUUGUCUGAUGACAAGGUAACUGUGAGAAAUCAUGAUUUUGUUGACGUCGGGAGCAAUAUCAUCUCAAUGGACCUCGUUGUUCUUGCAAUGAAAGAGAGUGCCUUGUUUGUGCCUAAGGUGUUCUGUGCUGCAUUCAGCAGGCCUGGCACAGGUUAGAUAGAUGGGGGAAGGAUCUUGGCAGCUGACGGACUGUGUGUGUGACCUGAGGUUUUUGUUUUUGUUUGGCAGAGUUCAGAGGGCUCGCUCACUGCCGUAAACACAAAGUUGAUUCCCAAUGCUGCAUCCUGUUUUGUUCCCUUUUUCCUCAUGACUGAUAACCACACAUCAUGUGGCUCUUUAACGUCAGAACAAAUUAAUCCUUGCUGGGAGUGUGCCAAUUUCUUAAUUGAUUCUUAAUUUCUUAAAGGAGAAACUCUACGAUAUCUACAGAUGUUUAGUCGGUGUUGUGAUUGGUGUAGGUAAAGAGUCAUUUGAAAAAAAGUAUAUAAUAGAGAUGUGAGAGUGACUUUACUUUGCUUCGAUUUUUGCUUUUGAUUUUAAAAAUAGAAACUAACUCUGACUUGGUAGCAAAAACAUCGCUGGCGGGUCGUGGUGUAGAAAAUGGAUUUUCCAUGUGCACAUCCAUGACCUGCAGGUCAUUUGAAGAAACUUGGAAAAAGUUUUUGAGAGAGGAAACAACAUACUGCAUGAAGUCCUUUUUCAGCCUGAACAGGGGACAAAAAUAGCAAAAACUGUCAGCGUCAUGAAUAUUCAGUACAGAAUUGAAUUGUUUUUAAAAGUUGAUUUAAUGAGCUUUAUCAACAUUUUGGUACUUUUUGCAAACUCACUCACAACGCUCAUAAUACAAAGGGCAGUCAGCCAAAGUGAACAGUGAGCUGAUAAAAAACAUCUCUCCCCAUAACUACCUCAGUAAUGUCUUCUUUAGUCAUUAAUAUAUUGUCAUCAGAUCCUUUUCAAUAGUUUAACAAUCAUGUGAGAAAAACUAAUGAAAUUUUAUUGAACCUAUGAAAACCUGAAGUAAUUUGAAUGUCGUAAUAGAGCUGUGUCACAUCAGAAGUACUCUGGUUUCAUGCAGUGAGCCGACUGAAGACAUUAUCUGCACGUCUGCCUCCUUCAUUGCUCUAAAUUAUUCCAGUUAAUGCUGAAGCUCUUCCAACCAACAAAUAUCACAUCAUAUUCUGAUGAGAAAGUUCCCUUGAAAUCCAGCUCACACCAAUUUAUGAAAGAAAAAUAAUGAAACUUAAUCGGUUUUCAUUUUAAGUGCUAGAUUAACAGAUUUAUGGAGUAAACCCGGAAAAUGUUUUUCUUGGGGCUCCCCCCGGAUGGAGCGUCUCUUAAGGUCUUAUAUAGUUCUCAGAGCAAAGCAAUAAUUUAUAAGUAUGAGUAAUAAAUUCCCUGCAACUGUCGAAGGCCUUCCACUGAAAUUCACAGUCAUUGCGAAACUGUCUGUGUGAAGGCCAAUCUUUAUCUCAGUUGGGCUCAAAUAUCCCCUCAGGGAUUAAUAAAGUUCUUUUUUUCUUAUCUGAACUGAAUCUCACCUGGGUAAAGAAGAGAUGCAGUCUGUGCAUCAGAGGUUGGUAAUGUACAUCUUUUAAGAUAAUGUCUGAAAUGUUGUUUUAACAAUGUGUGAAAUGAAAAUAUUUAGUUCGUCACUCAUUUUAAAAAAAGUGUCUCAUACAUAGUCGAUACCAGGGCAGUCUACUGAAGUAAAUGAAAAUAAAUGUUAAAUAUGAAUAACAUCUUACAUUUUACCAACUACAGUCAGAGAUCACAAUGUAAGACUUCUAUCCAUACUCCCCAGCUCUCAUUCAUAGACUUAUCUUGAAUGUUCCUUAGGUUAGUAUAGGUUAAUAUAAUACAAUGAGGGUAUUAUACAUAAAGUACAUGUUUAUCAUCAGGGUCAAUCGAAAUUAAUCCAUGUUGAAGGUCAGUGAACUUCCACUUCAUGAUGACAUGAACCCAUUGUCACUUUACAGUAUUUGGCACUGUUGUGCUCCAGCCUGUUGUUUUAAUAAGUAUUGGUUUGCAGAUAUUGUGUUGUCCGAGCCAAUCAGCACUGACCUGUGAUAAUGGUAUUGAUAUGUUGGUACUGUCAGUGAUGUUAAAGGAUGCCAAUUUCUUUAUCUGCUGUCAACUGGAGUGGACAGUUAUCUCUAUUGUUCCAGUCAAACAAGUUUUGUGGUUAAAUAGGAGAAAAACUGGAAGGUUAAGGUUUCAUAUCUUACAUAUCAAUAUCCUCAAUCCAACAGCUUAUUCAAAAGAAAAGUCUGAAUCAGUUGAGUUUUCUUUGAUUUGUAAGUCUCAAAAAGAAAGACCCCUUAAAUAUUUAGGAGUGCCACCUUCUAGUGCUUUCUGGUGUUUGUUGCUGGUCUUUCCACCCGUAAAAGAUGGCCUUGUGUAGGUCUCUGCAGUGUGUAAGUGUAGGACAGGAGGACACAUUUAAGGUGAUGCUUAUUACAACUUUUGAAAUUACAAUGAAGUUUCGAAGAAAGGUCAGUUCUACAAAUUAUUUUAUGAAACAGCUGCAUAUUUUGUUUUCUUCACCUGAGUGAAUAAAGCUCCUGUUUUAGUUGUUGGCAGUAACCUUGUUGGCAGCUAAAAGCCAAACUAGAGCUAACUCAGUCACUCUAAAGAGGACAGAGGUCUCCAGACUCAGACUGAAGCUAGAGGUGACAGCAGCCUACGUAUCAGUGACGAUUUCAUUCAUGCGAGCUUACUUGUGGUGAAGAUGGGGGAGGAACAAUGUCAUACAGUGUUAAGAUAAAUUCUCUUUGUAAAUACGCUGGUACCUUUUCCAGUAAGAUGAUAAUAUUGAUUCUUUGUAGGCAGUUGAAUCAGUCGGCUGAGUUAAUUUUUAUGAGCCUCUUUGCAUGAAUGCACCAACCACAUGAUAAAGCAAGUGAUACCACAUCUUUAAGACGAUCGCUUUCGUCUAUACAGCAUUUUCUGAGUACACAUUGUGUGAAGGGAAGUGGUUGUAGUGGCUUUUUUUGUUUCUGUUGCCAUGCAACAUUUGUACUUUCUUCAAAGUUUAAAUGUUUCAAACUUUAAGUGCUGGUACUUGAAAAAACAGGCUGUACCAUUUUUCCUGUCAUUUCAUAUCAGUCCUCAAUGCUGUAGAUCCAUCCUUGAAAGAAACACCAACAGAUAAAUUGUAUGGGCUUUGAUCUGAUGAGUGAGCUGCAUUGUUGAUAUGAUCUUGCUCAUUUUAGUCUUGAUUUAUAUCUCGGCACGUCUCUACUAGUUUGCUUUUAACACCAGUUACACCUCACCAUAUCUCCUCCGUAAUGUAAUAAAUCACAGAGAAACUAGAGAUUAGAGAUUUAGUGAUUUGAAUGUGCAGAGAUAGCUCCUUAAGUGUCUGGAGUACAACCAAAAAUAUUUCCUGCUGGAUGGCCCAGGAACAUGUCAUCACUUAUACAAACACCAACAGAUAUUUCCAAGACUGUAUUUCACAGGAUUUUAACAGCUCUGUAUUGGUGAGAUCUCACUGCUAUCUCCUGCAGGUUAAAAUGUUAUUGCUGAGAAUGUGUUGUAGUGUUGUAGAUGGAGGAUGUGCAUAUGUUUAUGGCAAGGGUGUCAUCUCACCUCUGAGCCAAUAGUGUUUUAGCUUCCGACUUACUGUCCUUUAAGGUGUGAAAAGUUAAUGAGUUCUAAGCAGUUGUGAAAUUUUUCUUCACACUCUUAUAAAAAUAUAAUUUUCACUCUGGUAACUCUCAAAGAAGUGGUUCAGGUUCCCUUCCUGAUUUCUAUUUUUUGUCUAGAGUUUAAAAGGCAGCAAAAGCUUAAUCUGUAGAUACUCCAGUGUUUCUCCUGAGAACAAAAAGUUGUGUGUUAAUUGUGAUCUGUGUCUUCUAUUAACAUUUUCCUCCUGUUUCAUUUUUUACAUUAAGGCUGAAGCAUUUGUCUUUUCAGCACUGUGAUUAAAAAUAUAAAAAUAGUUAUGUUUCAAGUGAAUUGUGGCUUAUUUUGGCAUGAAAUGUAAUUUAAAAAAUGUAAAUUCUGAUUUAAUUCUGUUAGUUAAGCAACACAAAGUAAACAAGUCAUCAUCCUGGGCACUAAAGAGUUAAAAAAAAGCUUUUUUUUCUAGUUUUAAUCAUGAAUCGGUUAAUCAUACAGAACAAUCUGCUGAGUCGUGUUAUCAAAAUAAUCAAUAAUUCUCAGUAUUAUAACAUGCCCAUCACUGAACAUAACACCAAAACUCUCAGUAAACUUUAACACUUUAACACAUUUACCAUUAGUAUUUUUUGUCAAUGUGAGAUUGCGUUUGGCACUUUUUUGUAACAAGUUUUGCUUUGCAUUCUUACAUGCCCUUCAUCUCCCCUCACACGCCUCUUGCCAGCCUGCCCAGCACCCACUCUAACAAUAUCCCCCUGUAAUGAUGUAGCUGCAGGGCAGCAGAAGGAGGGUGUCGGGUCAGGUGGCCCGUUCAUCUCACGUGUCAACGAAGGCUGAGCAAAGCUAGCUCUGCCAGACACAAAAACACCCGCCAGCCACACAGUGAAGUCAGAUCUCUCAGUGGCAAGUUUGAACAGACCGAAAUGUAAAUCUGUUACUGUCUGCAUGUAGGAGAUUUUUCUGACUGAGUGGCUGCACUCAGUUCCCAGACUUUAUCUCAAAUAUCUGAUAAUAUAGUUUGGAAAAGGAUCAGCUUCUGACAAGAAAGCUUUCCAGGAUAAACCCCUGCAAAUUUCCUGAUUUUGGAUAUCAUGUACACAAAAGAUUCCUUGACAGCUGCUGAGGACUUGGUGGGCUGUCCUUAACUCCCCCAGCAACCUCAGGGGACUCCACAAGCUCUCAUAAUGUUAGAGGAAGAGGUCAACCCUCGCUGACGCUACCCUGCAGUGUCAUUGCUGUCAGCAACCAUUCAGCUGUUCCCCUUUCUGGAAACACAGUGAGUAACUGUCAGAGAAAUGCAGGAACAGUACUUCUUUUAAAGAUAUUUGGCUCCUCUCCAGAUACUCAGCAUUUUCCCGGACAAUUUGGAGUUCUGCUCAUAAAAAAAACUUUCAGGAAUGUAGCCAGUGUCACGUUUGGGAUUAGUUUGAGUGUUUACAUCACCAGCCGACCAGUGAGAGAGCCGAGACAACUUUGGAAAAUCCUUCUUUGCAGCUGGAUCAUUAGUUACAACAGCUUUUUGUCUGCUCCUUCGUCCUGGAGGAACUAAUUUAAUAUAUCACACCCUCGUCAGCCUUGCUGAGUCUUGCCAGGGACUUAAGAAGAGGAAGAAGUCUGCAUUAUUUCUCAUCAGUUUUCCCUGCAUCCUAAGGUGGAGGAUUAAUCAAAUGCAUCCAUCAUCUACCUUUGUUUGUGUCUCUCACUUGGAAUCUUCCUGUGCUCCUGAUUUAUCCCUGUACAAAAGCUUAUGGGCACAAUCAAAAAGUUUCACAGAAGAAAAACAUCAGACUGAGUUUUAGGAGUCCAAGGCACCCCAAAGGAGGUUCAGAAGUUCAGGUUAUUUUAUGUACAGUCCAGAGAGUCUCAUGUGAACCAGUAGCCGGUGGAACAAUGAACAAAGAUCUACGACCGGGAAGGAAAGGGCCACCGACUGGGUUCGGACACGGUAGAAGACACUCGUGCUUGGGGUAUGUUCCUGAACUAUGCAUCCUGAAUGUAUUCACACAAAAGGGGGGGCGGUCAUACUGCAGGGUAUGGUUACAUGCUCUGCUAUAAACCUGGAGUGAUAGUUUCACUGCCUGUGUUACAGGGAGGUUAUUUUUAGGCAGAUCCUGCUGUACAUUCAGUGUCUCACAUACCACUGACAUCACUGUGCCGUCUUUGUAGCUGUUUUUUUAUUUUUUGCUGUCAGCACUUCAGUUCUGAGUGUACAUAUUUGGUUGAUAAAUAAUUGAACGACAUAACCCUCUCAAAUAAGCACUGGUCACCCUCAUUUGAGAGCACAACAAUCUCUUAUCAGUUUAAAAAAGUAGUAAUAUUUUUAUUGCUGUGAAAUAAUGAUGACCAUAUGUUGCCUAGCACUAGCCUGGGCUGUGGUUAACGCAGUGGUUCUCAAUCCAGUCCUUGAGGCCCACUGUCCGGCAUGUUUUGGAUGUUUCCCUGCUCCAACACACCUGAUUGAAAUGAUCAGCUCGUUAUUAAGCCAUUACAGAGCUUGAUAACGAGCUGAUCAUUUGAAUCAGGUGUGCUGGAGCAGGGAAACAUCCAAAACAUGCAGGACAGUGGGGGGCUUGAGGACUGGACUUGAGAACCACUGGGUUAACGGCUGCUGUAAUUAUUCUACUGUGCUCUACUACCUGGAUGUAAAAAAGUAUAGAUGACAUCUUGUAGCACAGUGCAGUUUUACAGUCUUUUGAUCUAGAAAAUGGAGACAAAGUUGUAUCCAUAUCCCGUUAAAUUGGCAUAUAGCCUCACAACCAGAGCGAUGCGUAACCAGCACAGGUAAAUGGACAUUAACCCACAAGGAGGACUGAAGGCUAGUGGAGCCAGCUCUGCUAAAGCAAACCUUAGCAAACCAGUAUUAGAUUGUGUAACCGCGGGCUCUUUGAUCCUGUGAUAAACCCACACUGGAUAAAUUGUGCAAAGUUCGGCUGUUUAUGGAGCGUUUGGAACAUCUUAACACUCUUGGUUCAUCUUGAGAAAAUACUUUUCUGUCUCUGUAAUGAAAGAUUGCUGAGCGAAUAAAAUUCUCCCUUUCUGCACUGAAUAUUGUCAAAAUUAAACUUUAAAGAAGAGCCCAUAAUGAGGUGUCAAGUUUUUUGCUCAAAUAAAAAUUAAUAAGAGGAUGUCCGUUUCAACACAGCUCGAUCUGGUAAAGUUUCUAAAGUAAUUCUUAUUGUUCUAUUCUGUCUGUACAUUAACCGCAUAUUGUGUUUCUUGUCAAAGCUUUAGAGAAAACCAACCAAAGCAGAGGGUGUCAUUAUCCAUGUCCAGUCAGAUACGACUGAAGUAGAACUGAUGAUGCAGUGGCCUGGUUUGUCAAAGAGCUCAUGCUUAUUGUGGUGGACUGUAAUAAAUAUGGAGAUCAGUUGAGUAUCUGAUGAAAUCUCUACAUUCAUUUUAUAGAUCCUGCUAAUGCAAGUCUGUCAGCUGUGGUGAUGUUGUAUGCACGAUAAGAUCAGUGUGUGGCUUGGUGCCUUUUUUAGGCUGUACUUGUUUUUCUUAUUUGUUGGCAUUUUACCCAACAGCUUUUAAGAGGAAGCAAAUUUUGUUUGCGGCAAGUUUCAUUCAGCAGACUUCCUGUUUUUGCUGAAAGUCUUCCAGAGAUAUUUUUCAUCAUGAUGACCUCGAGACUGAAGUUUCUGAGUGAACACAGAGCUUUGAAAUGGUUCAUGGAGAGAUGUUUGUUUUCGGUCUGUAAAGAAGCAGUAAAAUUAAACCUUUUAAACAGCAUGUGCCUUACUUUGUAAAUAAUAGAUUUUUCACUCACACCUAACGUGUACUUGUGAGUAUGUCAGUGUGUGAGCUGAGAGAGUGUGUAGUGAGAUUACCUCGCCUAUUGUUGCUGAUCUACAAUGAGGGACAGCUGCCUAAAUACAAUGCUGUUUAUGUGUUGGAGCAGGUCAGUAAAGUUAAAGCACAUAGAUGUUUUCUGUAUACAUGAUCCCCUUGGAUGCUAUUCAAAUAUGUUUGUGUUCAUUCCAAAGUGUUGGGAUUUGUGUGUAUCCCCUCUCGUGUAUUCAUACCCAUGUCUGUCAUCAGCCCUGUUGAGCAUUUAGAGGUGGGAACCACCCAGCCCUUCACCCUGCUGCUGGGUCAGUGGUUGACGCAGUGCCUCAUACUACAUCCCUCCUCGACCACAAAAACAGGCCACACCUUCGUUGGUAUUAGCUACUGCAGAGAAUGCACAGCUAAAAAAGCUGCAAACUAUGUUGUAACCUGUCUUCGAACAGCUGUGGAUUUGCCACCAGCUCACCUUAGGCUUCAGCUUGCAUGAACUGACCUUUGUAAAACACAAAAAAUUAAUUACUGCACUUUGCAUUUCUUUAGCAGGACAUUUUGCCUGUCAAAGGCAAAGCACAUUAGAUAUUAAUUUGAAAGGUCAAGCUGUGCUAAAAACUAAGCAAAUCUGAUGGAGUCUGCAUCUCUGUACCCAUACUGGUCUUUAUUCAGGUUUACAGUAAGAAAAUGUUUUUUUAUUUUUCUCUAAAUCUCUAAAGGUUCAGUGGCAUUCAGCUUCAACCCACCAAAGAGUAUCAAGAAAAGGAUGCAGUUUUAAUGUCUGAAUGCUUUCAGCUGUGGUUAUAGCCUGUUCUGUUUUUUUAACACCCUGUCUGCUGACGUCUUUCCUUGAAGUUAAAAACAAAUGACAACAACAGCUACUUUUUGGUUUCCAGGUUGCAUUUCAAAGGUUUGUGUCAAAGUUGGUGAAGUGAUCUCAUUGUAAUAUUACUCCCAACCACAGCCCCUAAUACAUAGCAGGAAGAACUAUAAACACCCAGAUUAGAGAGUUAAAUUAUGUGAAACAGGUUUAACCAUCUUAGAUUACCCUCUGAGGAAAAGCGAGAGACUUCUUUCCGACCCAAUGCAAACACAAGAGAGUAUGAGUGAUAGGUGGGAGGGGGCAACAAUAACACAACAGACCCCCAAAAUAAACCCCCAAGCCUUGAAUAGUUCCCCAGCCCCGCCAGCCUGGCUGCACAUGACACGUGAAUGUGACAUGUGGUUAUCAUUUUGUGUGUAUACACUCAUCCAAACAAACUCGCACAUACCCAGCACCCUGCAGCAGCAACCCAUCCCAAAAUCCUUAUUGAUUGUUCCACCGAAAUGUUGCCGUUGGUGCUUUAGAGUUGUAAUGCUAAAUUAUUGUUUGUGUUUUACAAUGAGUGGAAAAUGAAUUGAAGAAAAUCAGAAUCAAUUUUUUUUUUCUUAAAUUUGAGGGUGAUGAAGAAAAUGCUUUUAUUGUUUAUAUUAGUUUUGUUUCAUUUUAUUAUUGUAAUAUGUCUACAUUUAUGUUUCGAGUUCCCCUCAUGCAAACAUAUUGUAGUUUUUUUGUAGUCACACAGUGACCUCUGCUGGACACUUAGCGUACCUUCAGGAGGCUCAGUCCACAGCUCUGUGAUCUCACUGUCUAAGUGUAAACAGACUCUGGAUGAAUCAGAUUUACUGUAUGUGGACUCAGUGAAUGUAACAAAUGUUGUAGCAUGCUUCUACUUAUCUCAGACAAAUAAAUGGCAAAGCCGUGACAAGUAACAACCCUCUAAAAUAACACAGGUGCCGCACGUUGUGUAUUUAGUGGGUGGUGCAGCCUUACUUCAGUUCCAGAGAGGAAUGUACUUAAGAGCAUGAACUAAGCAGCAACCACCAUGACUGGCUAUUGAAGCCAUCAAGAAAUUUACUUUACAACAUGCUGGCACAUGCAGCAGAGACACAUGUUUACCCUAUGCUAUGCAAUGCGCAAAAAUCUAAAGCUUGAAAUGAUCCAAAGUGAGGUCCCAAUCCAAAUCAGAAUAUGUAGUAAGUACACCACAAGGUGGUGCAAUUUAAUCUCUUCUGUGCUGUUGCAAAUGAAAUACAACAUGUGCAAGUGUAUGAGCCAACAAAGAUCUUCAACAAUCCUCAUCAAUUCAGAAUUUAAAGAAUACUUAAAUUUCAUUAUCAUUAAAUGAAGUUUCUAUCCACAGAAAUACUUGAGCAGAACUUUUCAGGUGUCCUUUUUCAAACCUACUUUAAUGUAAGAAACUCUGUGUAACCAACACUCUGUAAGUUUAUGUCAGUUUUUGAAACAUGGCCUGCCAGCGUUUAAAAUGAACUCAGACACUUGUAGCUUGACUAUAAGCUCCUGUUCUUAAAAUGAAGUUCUGUAAUGGCUCUUAAAGUUCAGAGCCUGUAUCCCUGCUGCCUCAUUUGACCGUUAAUGCCCUCUAAAAAACCGCUACAGAAAACUAGGGUUAUUCAAACUGAAACUGUGUGUGAGGUUGUGUAAUACAGAGUUUAAAACAAAGAAACACUUUGAGAAAUCAAAUUUUGGUCGGAAAAAGGGUGGUUUGUUUCCUGAGUGGGUGAAAGAAAAAACAGAUUUGCCUCCAUGCUUCUUAACUUCUAUCAGACCAUCAGCAGAUUGAUUCCGAAUCUUUUAAAUAAAGGUCAAAGCUUUUAAACUGUGUAUCUUCAUUCACACGCACCCAAACUCUGACAUGUGCUCUUCCUUACACUUCCAAACUCAGUCAUGCACACACAGAUACAUGUCACUCUUCCCUCACAGCUUACUCUCAUUACCAGAGGUGAUGUUGUCAUAGGAGGCAGCAGCCAACUGCACUGUAGAAGUCAUUCUGGCUGGAGGAUUCAGUUACACAGCGGCCUCUCAGACAGCUCACUCUUAGCAAACCUACACGCCUUCAUCUGUUAGGAUGUCCAACAUGUUUCCCAAUCACGUGGCCAAAAGGGGGAAGGUGAGCAAUGGAAAGAAGGGUACAAGGCUUUUAGUUUGGAUAUUGUAAACCCGCUUGUGUUACUAGAUAUGACAGCAAGAGAACUACUUUCUGCCAUGGUUUUUGGACAGCAAUUAAAAAUUGUGGCUGAACAGAGAGAGGUUAUAGUUGUGACAGGCAUGUCUUUACAUUUCUGGAUUUUUAGUGGUCUGGACUGGCGGUCUUGACUCCAACUAUUGGACUCAUUCUGUGUAGGCUCACUGGAAAGGCUCAUGCCAUUGAUGGGAAGGAUGCUGCAGGCAAAUCUGAGAUACUGAGAUUCGGACUAACUCGAACUGUUUCGUGGAAGGGGGCCAGCUCUUUACUCCAGCGAUAUUACAGAGGGGGAUGGGCAUUGGGCUGUGAAUCUCAGGGUGACAUGUGGGUUUAAGAGCGCCAAUCCUGAUCAUAUAGCAUGUCUUGUUCAGAGUUUUGCAAAACUACGGUGUACCAGAGACAAAAGAAAUUACUGGAUAUUAAUGUGUAAGGUUCUCAUCCUUGUUUUUAUUUUAACAUCAGAAAUGUGUGGUGGACUAACAGGUGUAACAAAGGCCUCUUAACUCCAUGUGAGCUGAAUGCCAAGCUUGUUUUUUCUCCUCAUCUGCAGGAGAAUCCCUGCUCGAUGACCCUGCAUUGUUCACAUAUUUAUGUCCAACCUAAUCAUCUUUGUAGCCCGGGGUUUCUCCCCAAACAGUGUGGACAUUAAAUCAUAAAAACUAGAAUAACCUAGUUUCUCCUCUCUGAUUUAUCAGUCAGCUGACAUUUAGAUGACAUGACAAUCCUAAAAAACACAUUAAAAAUAGAAGUCUUCACAAGAUGUGCAUGAUAUGGGUCUGAAGUUUGUCUUGCUGAGAUGAAGAGAGGAAAGAUUUGAAGGAGCAGCUAUAAAACGAACACAGUGAAGUGAAAGUUCAGAAGAGCAGCCAAACAUUUACUAAUGAGCGAUUCAAUAUAACUUCUGAACCUACCUCCAUAUCAUCACCACAUCACUGUUUUCAGGAGAUCACUACAGGAGCUUACCCUCCCUUUUUCAAGCAGCUCCUCUCCUAUGUGCCAGUUGACACGUCCAACUUGGUCGUCUACCCUGUGUCUCAAAAGACAAAUAUUUGCCUGUGAUGUCGACAGGAGAGAGUCCGUCAGUCAGUGAGAUCAUCCGGUUCUAGAAAAGUCCAUCCCAGCCUGUGGUGAGACUGACUGGGUUCUCUGUCCUGUGAAUUAUUCAUCCAAAUCUGCUGCUGUAUGUAAAUGUGUAACAUUAAGCAUAGAUUGGUUAACGAUUGGAUUGCGUUGGUUUUAAAUAUGUUAAAACUUGCUGUGUGUGUAUGAGCCUGUCUACAGGAGGUGUACUGCCUCAGAGAAAUUUCAUCUCAAGAGUAGUAGUGUCUCAAAAACACACUUUAAAUAAACACCACACAUUUACCACAUCCGUAACCAUACACAGCACCAUAUAUACACAGCCACAAACACAAAAACACAAAAACACAAACACGUGACACAACUACUAUAACCACAACCCCCCUCAAUCUCCCUUGCUUAAACACAUAGUGCACAUACACAUGCACAUACUUCAUGUCUUUUUAAAGCCUCCAUGUGCUGAGGGAGACGGAGAGAGAGAGAGAGUGUGUCUUAGAGAGACAGAGGAGUGAGGAGGGGAGGAGUGUAUGUCUAGAAAACAGACAGCUCAGCUCUUUACUUCUCAUUGUGGACUUGAAUCUGCGUUCAGCUAUCCAAACCGCACGAAACAGGAGAGUCGCUGAGGAAAUGAGUCUUUAAAGAACCACACUCCUUUGAUCCCUUCCCUCUCUUCACCCUCAACUUGAUUCUCGCUGGUGGCAUGAUGCUGAAACACAUCGAGGAGGGCUUUCCUCCGCCUGUUUGCGCGUCAGUGGAAACCUGGUGUGGUGUAAAGAGAAAGGAGAGAUCGCAGAAGAGUGGAGGAGUUGAGGAGCUUCCUGAGGAGAGGGAAAAGGAGGAUUAGCAGAGAACAGAGCUGAAGAGGAAAAGAAGCAAACAAAAACAUGAGUUUACCCACUAACUGUGUAUAUCUGGCCCCCUCGGUCCAGGAUCGCUACUUCAAAGUGAGGAAUGGGAAUAUCUGCGGGUCACCGUGCGCCGUCAACCGGCCUAUUGACAUUGUGCAGAAACGCAGGCGGUAAGACCAAUGUGAUAUCAUCCAGAUGCUGCAUUUGCACAACUCUGAACACAUGGCUUUUCUCGUUUUAAAGGAAGUAUCACAUUUGUUUCACUGGCAACAGUCAUAAUUUUAUCUGAGAACAUUUGAAUAAGGUUGUCACAGCACCCCAUGAAACUGCUACCAGAAUGUCUGGAGCGCAUAUCACAGGUUUAAUUAUCCCAUUUAAAAGUCAGGUCAAUAGCAGGUUCAAUUUGUGAUCAAAAUAAUUAACUAAACAGUCAAAAUUAUUUCCUUUUUUUUCUAAAAUAUGCCCGUCAACUACGUAGUGCAUUUACCCUCAAUUUCCUUGUAAGACUAUCAGUGUAUCAUUGUGGGUCAGUAUGUAACUUAUUGUGUCCUAAUUGUAUUUUCUCAUAAUAUUCCUGUCAUUCACACUUGAUACACAGUCUAGUGAGUCAAUGUAAUGCAGAGCUGGGAGUUACCUCCUGAUAUCUGAUUAAGAUUUUAUUUCUUUACCAGUAUUUCUAUAUAACUAAAACCACCCUUUGCCUGCCAGUAAUACAGUUUAUUCUCUAUAUCUCUGCCAAAAGACAAGCAGUCGACUGAAAUCAAGCUAAGAUUCCCUAUCAGAUUCCCCAAGUUGGUUUGAAAUCAGGUCUGAAUCUGUGAGGCUGGACCUUUUCCUUACCAGGAGCUGCUUUACUGUUUUCACUGUUUUGAUUUAUCAUCACUUACCAAAUAUCUAAAAUAAAACAAAAUACACAAUUUAUGUUAUUAUUAUCUGUAGGGCGUAUACAUCCGGAAAUGUAUAAAUCUGUCUAAAAUAUAGGAGUCUUUUUGUCGAACACUUGUUCACAUUUCACCAAAGAAGAAUAAGCAAACAUACAAACAGAGAAACCUUAACCUAAGCUGAUAAUGUAAAACACAAAAUAGUCAUAGAUCCCAACCGCCUGUAUGUUGCCAUAACAAUCUCAGCAGUUCAGCCUUUGUUGUUACGGUUGACCCUCAGGAUUGGAUGCUUCUCCCUGUUUUUAAGGCAUAUAAAGUCAGAGUGGAGCGUUAAAAUUUCCCCCGUUCAUGCUUUACUACCCGCCCCUACAUGAGUAUACCUGAAAGUGGCUGCUGCCUUGGGAGUCAUAGAAGGAAAUCUGACUAAUUUAGCAGGCGGCCUUUCAGAGAGUCAUGACGACAUAAGCCAGGUCAGGCAGGGAGGGGAUCAAAGUGUCUUUAUAAUGUCAACCCGCCAAUAAAAAAAAACCUUCAAAGAGAGAUUUCUAAUGAACGCAAAGUGGGCUGUAUUUACAGGCCUGAUGGAUUGACCACAUGUGUGUAAUAAUAGUCAAAAAGCCAUAGAAAGAAAUAAAGUGCACAUUAUAAGUGACCAAAUCCCUUUAACCUUGCAUGCUGCAUAGUUCCCAUUAAUUUCUAGACUGAAACAUAUUGCCUUCACCGUCAUCACUUUCCCCUCUAAAGUUUUGGGGUUUUACAGUUAGUUUUGGCUCACAGACACUCAUAUGCUGUACAUCAGUUGAGGCAUUUAAGAUCUGCUUUCAGGGUUAUGAUCUGGCAGGACUUUGCUGUAAAGGAAAAAGCAGUAAAGCUCCCUGUCCUAAGUGUCGCUUUUUAUCUCAUUAAAGCUCAGCUAGCUCCUACCAAGUCACUUCAUUAUCAAGAUUAUCUCCGUGUGCAGACCAAAAGGGCUGAUGUGUUGCAUUUUGAUUUUGAUUUUCUUUCUAUGAAUUCUAAAGGUGUCUGUGGAUUAAUCAGAUUAUUUUCUGAAAUAUUUCACAAAUGAAACAAAUCCCACCAGGUUUAAAUAAAUGGUAGUGUGGCAUUAAAAACCAACGUAUACGACUUUUUUUUCUGCUGCAUUAUAUCACAGUGCUCCCCAUCAGCACAAGUUCUUCAUAAACUGUGCUUAACUUUGUUGUACAGUCAUUUUAGCAUCAUAUCCCAUGCAUCUGAAUGAGGACUAACAUGGGUAAUCUGCAAAAAUAGAUUUAACAUAUGUUGUGUCAUUUCACAUGUAAUUUUAUAAAGAUUAUGUCAACAGUAUACCUGUAACAUAAGUGAUAGUAAAGAGCACUGAUUGGUUUCAUUCUCGUUCAUCCUUUUUAGCUUUUAACAUCAGUAAUGUCAACUUGAUAUUUACUGGAUUACACAGUGAAGGGCACAUUAGUCUUGUGGUGUUAAAAUCAAUGUAAAGAUGCUCUUCAGAUAAAUUAGACUGUCGCCAAUGUUAUCACACCAGCUUAGAAAACCCUGUGAGAAUCCUGAAAGAAUAAAACAAUGAUUGUUAACUGUUGGCUUUGAAUCGUCGCAGUUUUGUAAUCAAAUCUGUUUUCAAUGAAACAACAACAGUACUUUUAAAUGGGCUAUUACCAUCAAGUGAAAAUGUCUUGUUCUGUUGUGAAAAAUUAAUAUUUCUCUGGAUAGUUUUUCUUCAGUGUCUUUAAUUCACAUAAAACCAAAUAUUGGAGCUGUGCUGUGAUAGUUCUUGAAAGUGGCAGCAGACAGGAUCAGGUAGCUGAGGUCAGAAGCUUUCAGCUCUCAGCAUGCUGUUGACAGCUUUGAUGAAAUGUCUCGAGUACGUGCAGCCCCGUGCUCAUCACUGCUCGUAAAAAGUCACAUUUAACACUUGAAAGUUCUUGGUACUUCCACUUGCUUCAUCUGAGUCAUGCCACGUUGUUUAUUGGUUCAUUUAGUCAGUGUUUGCACAAUAAAUUUUACCCAUGCAUAAUCACUUAGAUUUCUUUGCAUUGCUGAUAGUGGUUUCGUAUGUAGUCUUGCCCUCUCUGUUGAGUCACAAGUUGAUCGGCUGAUUUGAUCUUUGUCCUUCAGGCUGGUGGAUGGUUUCCUGUAAACCUUUACAUUGAAGCUUUUCAAAGCAGACACUUUUGCUGCUCUUUGACGAUCCUCACAUUUUAAAGUUUUGAAUUCGAGGCCUCAGAUUUGUUCUUGACACACUUUUUUUUUCCUGAGGGGUUUAUCAGCAUGGAUUCAAGCAAUACUGUUGCUUGAGUUGAAUAUUUACUCCUUACCUAAGUUCUUUGUGUUUGGUCAAGGUUAAAGUAUCUGAAACAGUAGGGCACUGGAUACACCAUUUUGUCAAUUUGAUGCUCUAUGUUUUGUAGCAGGAUGAUGCUUAGAACAUUGCAAACAGGACAAGGAUUAAUUUGCCUUUGUCUUUGCAAACAUGUUGGUGUCAAUAAAAACCAUCUGUAACUGACAACAGUUGUCAUCUGCUCUUCAGCAGCUCAUUAUACUGCCUCUGUUUGACCUCUUGUUGGGACAGAAACGUUCCCAUAGCCUAAAACCUCAAACACUCAACAUCAAACUGAUUAAAUUAGAUUGGGGUUGCAGCUUUUAUAAGGCAACAUAACUCUCCACAAGUAUUCAGUGUUGCUUCCAGCCAAUACAAUUCUUCUUUAUUAUUCCCAAAGGGCAAUUCUGGUCAUGAAUUUAAAAAGGAGAAAAAAAUAUGUACAUAGGAAACUGUGGAAUGCGUUUUAGCUUUAGAAUGAUAAAUUGAUUUGCUAAACUAAAUUAGAGUUGCUUUACUAAAUUAUAAGAAAAUAAUAAAAGAUCCUGUUCUUAUCGUAAUGCUUCUCUGUUUUUGGAGGGCAUUGGCUAGAGAGAAUUGGCAUUUAAGAGACCUUCAUCAUAUAACCCCUAUAGUUUGAGGCCAACAUGUAAAUUAAAUACCGGUUUGACCCAUAUGGUCUCUUUAGACUGGUAAUGUUGGACUCUCUUUUGUAGAGAUAUGAGACAUGACACUGAAUGAUAUUGUACUUGGUUGGCCCGUCUGUCAAGUCUCAGCCCAUGUCAACAAGCGGUGACAUGACACACAGCUCACCCCAUGAUAGGUCAAAGGUCACUGCAAGCCACCAGCCUGUUGUCACAUAAUGUAAACAAAAAGUCGUGUCAGUUGUGUUUGUGCUCUGAAAUCAAGCUCAUCAAGAGUAUAAAUAAUUUCAGAAUAUCAGCUGAUAGUCACACUGCCGUGCCUGCAGCUGGUCAGACUUAACCCACCUGUACUGACUGUGAAUAUGGGAUUCUUUACAGAGAGUGCAGCUUUGAAUAGUAUAGGGUUUAUUUACAUUUGUCUCAAGGGUUGUAUCUUAUAGUUCACAGUGUAAAGCAGUUGGUUUCUUAUGAGGGUAAUCAAUAAACUCACUGUUCUUUCAAGUCAAAAUAACACACUACCAACCUGUGUUGUCAAUAUGCUGCUUGCAAAAAAAAUACAGUCCUGACAAUUAAUGCAUCACUGACUUAAAACAAACCUCAGAUAAUUAGAAUAACUCCUGCUUCUGGUGCCUCUGCCUUUCCAUCUCUUCUUCAUCCUCCUUGCUUUUCAGUGGGACUGUCUCUCGACUGCCAUGAUUAUUGGUCACAAAAAAGCAAACCUGGAAUACAAAUGAUGUGUUGGCAAAGUAACAAUCCAGCAUUUUUAGUUUACUUAUUAUAUCUUCAAGAUUUUGGACUGUUGCAUCCCUUUCAUUACUAUCUACUUGGAGCAGCGAUGUAAAGUUAUCCUCUCAUACACAGCAAUUUCUAAGGCUUUUAUACUCACACACUGCACCCCAAAAAGAUGUAAUGUAGUUGUCCCAGUGUGUCGUUACACAUCACAUAAAUGUGAGAUAGAUGUCUUGUUAACACACAUCAGGAGCUCCACAUACUCACACACUCAGACAUGGACAUACGCACAGCGCUGUUUAGCACCACCGGGCUUUGAAGCUACACAUUCUGCCUCUGUUACAAACUCUGAGGGCGGAUCAGAGGCAGAGCGAUUUUGCCACACCAUAACACCUCUGUGCAUGCGGACUGCAGGCGUAACAGAGGCAUCCCUCCGUGAAAUAGCAGUGUAGAAGCACCUUUUGCAUCAAUACUCAAGUCAGGAUCCCUACCAUCAUGAAGAAGUUAGAACUCAUCUGGUUUGCAUGAUAUACUAAUUACAGUUCUACUCUGGGUGGUCUCACAGCUAAGUUUGUUAUUCUGGAGCGUUGCUUAGUUUACGUGAAAACGGUGGAGCUUCGGUCAUGUAUGAACAGAUGGUGAUAUUCAGCAUACAGUGGAGAUCAUAACUUGUCUCUGUUCUACAGCAGUAAACGUUCAGAGAGGUUUCAGAGGUCUUCAAUCUUCACACACAGCUGUUGUUGUCCACGUUGGGUGUGGAAACAGCCUCUUGUUCAGGAUGCUUGCCAAUUUCACAGAUGUGCUGUGCUGUUCCUCACAGUUGUCUCAUCAUAUUAUGUCAUACAUCCUUAGCUUUUCGUUUUAACAAAACUCCUUACAGAAACAGGUCUGCAACAUUAAAUGAUUCACAAUGAAUACUUUACAUCGGAGUGUGACAUUUCGUGACUAAAACAUUUUUGACCCUGGUUGAGGGCUGAAGGAAAUAUUGACCUGACAGUGGCCGGUCUCUGGACUUGAUCCCAAAUCAUUGCCAGUUCACAGCUAAUGCCUAAACCCUCCGAACCUGUACUCAGGGCCCAUAAAGCGUAUCCUCUUAAUCCCUACAGCAAAAACACCUCAAGAGAAAAUCCACUGUGUCCAGUGGCUCAGCGAGCUGGUUUCCGGCAUGUAUGUUUUUAGCACCUUCCAUAGCAUCUUUGUGUUCUGGUCUCUUAUUUUGUGGAAAAAUAAAACUACAGCAAGCAGUGCGUUGGGCCAGAAAUAAUUGCAGGCCCGAGAGCUGGUCGAUAGGCAUUGCAGUGACAGCCAUGAAACCACAACUGACGUCAGAAGACAAGUGUGACUGUGUUUGUGUGACUGUGUGUUUUUUCAUGUUUAAUAUUACUGAUGGAACAGCAGACUGAGUGUUAUUCCGACAUCUCCGUGACUCCAGGGAUGGUGACCAACUCAGGAAAAGAUGAACAACCAACAAAGAGACUCUGUUCUGUAAUUUUGUCGCAGGAUUAGAUAAUAGAGUAGUUGAAGGACUUUUACAUAAUCUAAACCAAAGAAGAAGUAAGGCCUCCACAUGCAGCCUGCUCUGAUGCUGUUUAUCACAGGUGAACUUGAUCACCUGUGUAGACUCCAGGGCUCCGCCCACACUGCAGGAUCCCAGGUAGGGAAAAGCGGUGGGCUGGACGGGACUUUGAAAAAGUUUUUUCACUUUUGAUCCUGGUAACAAACGAAGGGGUAUAAAACGAAAGAAAAAUAUAUGCCUCAGGGUAUUCUGGGUGCUCUGGUCUAGGUUGAAUGUUCAGGCAGAAAAGCAGCAGUGCUAUGAAUAAAUUAGAACAUGAUGUUCUCGAGUGUUGCAUAUUUAUGAAACUCAUGUUACUGAAAUUCUGCUUUUAAGUGUUAAUGCAAAAAUGGUUAUGCACAAAGUAUACCUGAAAUUCAUCAUUUAUCACAAUAAUAUUUGAUGCAAUAUUAUAUUACAACCAACAUUACAUUAUAAUGAAUGCAAAUGUAUCAAUGCAUGAAGUAAACCAGAUAUUUGUCAAAAAAAACAAACCUUUAAGUGUUUAUUGACACUGAGUAAUAUUUUGUAGCUGUAGCGUCCAACUCAAUGAAACUUAAUUUAAUGUUGUAUAGCUACUAAAACCUAAAGUCUAUGAUAUUAAUAAUGUAAAUUAACUAUAUUUUCUUUUCAGAGAUGUUCACUUUCUUUAUGUUUUUUUUUUUAUUUUACAAUACCUUUUACUUAGUGGUGCAACAUUUGCAUCUUCAGUGAUAAAGGCUAAUAUAAUAACCAAUGAGUGCUUUGUAUAAGAUAAACUUUUGAACAAUCGACUCAAAAAGACAGAGAAUGAAUCAGACAAAACUCUUCCUCCCAUCUUUGACCACUCUGCUGAUCAGCAUUAUAAUUGGCUGCUUGGUUAAUUAUCAGAGGAAGUGGCACGCUCCCUCUUCCAGCUUCAUUCAAUCACUUUAUACCAAAAGACGCCACUUAGAGCCACAAGAGCAUGAUCGGAGGGAAACUCAGCAUGGCCUGUUGCUGGGCAAAGAUAGACCUUCUGUGUGUGAGUGUGUGUGUUUUUUUGUGUGAGUGUGCGGUUGUGUUCGUGCCCAGAACCGACCUGUUCAGUUGCGUACCAGUGUGAUGUAAGGUUGUUCGAUUUUCAGGUCGAUUCUGGAGCCAAAUCUAGAUCUCUACUGCUGGGGCCAUAAUCACACUCUACCUGCAUGUGUGUAUUGUGUUGGUGAUUCUGGCUGGUUCUGGCCCAGUGUGUGACACUCUUAACCAACUCCUAAUAUUGUUAACGCUGAUCAGCCACUGUAUGGAUUUGUCCCUGCCUGGAGAGACAGAGCUAAUCACUACACAUAGACUCCACGAUCAAUACCUGUCCUGAGGAGUGAACCAACCUUAGAGGCUCCCCAUGUUUCAAAAUUUAACCACUUAAGCACCAAGCUAGUUACAUGUUAUUUAAAGGGCCAGUAGUUUAUUAGUUUGUGGCAGUGACUUACCAUGCUUUAACUGCAGCAUCGCACACCCAAGACAGCAAAUAACAAGUGUGCAUCAGUGUGUUUUUAUAACUUCAUAUGAUAGCAGACACAGAGGAAUGGAUGAUUAGCAGUAAACGGCUGGGUUGGAAUAAGAGCAUGUCUACUUAAAGACAGACACAGCAGCCACAUGUGUACCCUUGCCCAACCAAUGACUCGCUUGCACUCUUUUUACAAGGUAAAAAUAAGACUUGCCAACAGUGAUUCUUACCCCCCUUAUAAAAACAGAAAAUCAUCAGGUCCCUCAAACGUCACAGCCCUGCCACCAUUCUUUCCUCCCCGUCUUCUUUCAACCUAUUUUUCCUCUUAUGUCAAUCCAAACAGAGGUCGCCUGUUUUUAAAAGCAAGCCCUUCCUCUCUCUGUAGGUCAAAGGUCACACAGAAAAAUAAUAAACACAGCAGCUGGCUUGGGUCUCCUCCCCUUGGCUAUAUUUAGAGAAGCAUGAGCUACUCUGAGAUCAGAUGUUGUGUUGGACUCAGAGUGUUGGUUGGCUCUGUUUGGCUGGUCAGGUGGUUGAGGGAAAAGCAACUGGCUCCUCGUGGAGGUGUGGAACUCAGCUUUUACUCAGUGUACUUGUUUACAACUGUGGAGGUGUAAUGUAAAAAGAGAAUAAAAGUGCUUUAUCCUUGUUGAUACCAAUUCCUUUUGACCUCUCUCCAUUAGACUGCACAGUAAUGAACCAGCAAUGGCAACUAAUAAUAGAAAAUACUGGAUACUAAUUCUUUUGACAGCCCCACACAGCUGUGUAAAUCUUGAGGAUGUUCAGAGCAGAGUGUCAGAGUCCAGAGUAGAUCAUUCAGGACGCAAGAAAUUUUACUUAAACUGUCAGGGAGGAGUUGUCACUUUUAGAAUCAGCAUUGGACGAGGGUAAAUUCAGUGAGGUGAUUCAUUGAGGUAAAACAAACAGCUUUAAUACCCUUGAUUCUUUUAAGAGCUGACUUGUGAGAGAGCCCAGUUAUGGUUCAAAUUAAGGUUCAAAGUUGUUUUUACGUCUGCAUGUUAGUUAACGAAAUUUGCAGCCUCAUGAGGUGUUUUGUUGCAAGGUACCUUUUUGAUAUUAGUUGUAGUCUACUCUAUUGUCUCACAGCAAAAAGGUCCCUAGAUUAAACCCCUACUGGGGUCUUUCAAUGUGAAGUUUACAUUCCCCUGUGGAUGCUUAGGUGUGAGUGUGUUUAGCAGAGAUAGGGGGAUUAAUCAGUCAGCUGAUUAAUCAGGCCAAUCAAUGGUAUUUUGACAUAAUAGGCAACAUAUCGACUUGGGGCCUUACAAGGCUGAUAUCGCCAUCAUCUUUUCUACAUGAUAAUACAUCUUUCCCAUCAUCCAUUAACACCAUGUCAAAUCUGAAACAGUCAUUGACUUGCGUUUAUGCUGUAUUGUAUUGUAAUAUUUAGUAUUAACAGCAACAUCAGCAUCAGCAUGUCCAGCAAUUUAUACCAUUACCCAAAACAUGUCACUGGCAAAGAUAACCAUAUAUAUCAGAUUUGAAUGUGUAUGGAACAAUGAAUCUGUACGUAACUUUUUUCAAAAUUAACUUUUAUCCUUUUUCCUCCUCAGGGGUGUCAGAUUGUAGGACAGAAAUCCAAAAGUCCCUUGUGGCUGUAUUUUACUGAGCCAAAUAUUUUCCAUCUACAUUUUUUAAAAAUAAAAUAUUUCCUGUAAUUCAGCAAUUGUUUUCGUUUGUUACUAUUAUUAAUUUUAUAUACAUAUAUUUAUAGAAAAUUUUAAUUGUUGUAGUUUGUCAAAUGCAAAAAAUAAAUGACUAAAAAAGAGUGGGGGAAAAAAAAGAAAGAAAAAACCUGACAUAUUUACAUAAUGGCCGACCUGCUCUAUCAUAAACUCCAAUGAGAAACUCUAUCCAGUGGACCACUAGUAUGUAGCUACAAGGGAGACUGUCUCCAAUCUUCUGUUGUGUCUAACAGUUUCUCAUGAUUUUGUUUUGUUUAAUGUUCAGUUGUCCUGAACAAGCUUUAUUUCACUUUUUUUAUCCAGCCAGACUCUGUUAAACUCCUAACUUCAGACACGGGCCUGUCCUUUUUUUCUAGUCAGUCAAUUUCAAACCUCUGCCAUUAGGCAUCCUGGCCUGACCUUUUUACAAUUGAUCCCCCGGUUGUUACUUGUCCUAAUAUGUAAAGUACACAUCAGACAAAUUCUGGAUAUUAAUGAUGUCCAUCAACUUAGGUCUCGCCACUUUUUGAUGAAAAAUAAAGUACCCAUAAAAAUUCUGGAUAUUUAACACUUAAUUUUAAAGAAAAAUGCUACUACAUCAGCACAGUGUUGUUGUGUUAUGUUAAGAUGACGGUGGAAUACAUGGCUCUUUCAGGGAAGAGGAGAAUGUUUCUGAUAACCUGAGAUGGAAAGCGUUGUCAGCUUGUUGCCUGUGGUGCCAUGUCAGAACAAAAUUGGCCGAUUUUUUUUUUGUCUUGAUAUGCUCUACUGCCCAACAGCCCUGUGUGUGCUGCCAUGACUAUGUAAACACACACCCACACAUCCACCACACACAGUUUACAAACCACACACAGUGACAGUGAGAGGAGAGAUCCGUUUGGCAGGGAGCUGAGUGUUUUUCUGCUACUUUCGGAUCAAAUGCACAAUGGGCUUGUGGUGUAAAGCAAACAAACUCCUUUGACAGCCCAUCCACCUCAAAAAAAGGAAAAAAAUAAACAUACCCCUUGUCAUUAGGCGCUCUAUUUCAAUAUGCCUCUGUCAUACCUGAAGCGAAUUUCUCAUUUCAAAUCAAAAAUCAUUCAUAAGAACUUUUAGCCCUUUCUCUCUUCCUCUCCCCUUUCUUUCAUGGUUUCCCUCCCUUUCUGUCCCACACAUCCUCAUACACAUUCAUGAAGUGUUCCCUGCUCUGUUUUUCCUCCUCUCUCCCUUCUCUCCUCCUCACCUCUCACCUCCUUCCUGGUGUGAUGUUUUGGGCCCCUUGGACAAUUCCCACGCCAUGAGGGAAGAAAACAGGAGGGAGCUUGUGUGCGUAUGAGUGUGUGAGGGUUGACCUCUGACCCUGGGCCUGUGUCAUCCGCCAUCAAGUAACAUCUGGCCUUGACUGUUGUUUUCUGUACCACUCUCGCAUGCAUAACAGAAAGUCCCCCUGAAUCCCUCAGCACCCUGUUCCCACGAGUGUACCGUGAAGGCACAUCCAUGGAACUGGUCCUAAUUUGUAUUUCGCUUAAGGAUCUGUGACAAUAAAAAAAAGGCUGAUAAAAAGUUUUUAAGGGAUUAUUUAGAGUCCUGCUUGGUAAAAUAAAUAAAUACAGCACUAAGUGACCCACUCUUAAAGGUCUUGAAAGUGAGCCAAAUUAAAAUACUUUGAUCAGGUCUUUGUCGACAGCUUUUUCAAUGAGGAUCAUGAUCGGCACAUACAGUUUGGUGUGUGUAGCUGUUAAAGAUCACUGUGGUGUGAGUGUUUGUACCUUUAAUAGAAUUUUAAAGUAAAAUAGGUAAAAAAAUGAAUAAAUAUUUGCCUGUAUCUAAAAAGUUAUUUCAUAUAACUCUCAAAUAUGAAUGAAUGCUCUACGGCUUAUCCAAGAGGUAACAUGUAAUCUUUGUUGAUGACAACUGCUGACCCGCUGUCUUUUUUAUUUGGUUCCAAGUAAAAGGCUCUGUCUUCUUCCAUAACAUGAUGAGGUUCAAACCAAACAUCCUGGGAACAAAAGCAGACUUUGAUGUGGGCCGUGUGUGUGUGUGUGUGUGUGUGUGUGUGUGUGUGUGUGUGUGUGUGUGUGUGUGUGUGUGUGUGUGUGUGUGUGUGUGUGUGUGAGAGGAGUUAAGUUUAAAAAAAAGAAGGGCUAAAGAGAGAAAAGGGAGCUGUCAUUUACGUCAGAGUCACGGAAAACAAUGCUGGAAGCAGGAGAAGCACCAAGGUCAACUUGUUAUGUGUACUGGGACAAGAUGUGUGCUGGCAUUUGUGUGGAGGGGAGGCCUGUCCUAUCCAGCUGCAGCUAGAGCCUGUUGCAGAGACCGUACUAGUUUGUUGAAGAAGUGCUGGUGCAUAUAGAUUUGAUUUUAAAGUUGUAAAUGUUUGGUGUCUUCACAUUUACAGUGCCAAGUUGCUCUGAAUGUCACAAUUAGUUUUUGCUUCUUCUUGAAGAAAUAAUUGGCAAAAAAGCAGCAUCGCUUCGACUCUGUUUACAUCAUAGUUCUUGUUUUCCUUUUCUAAUAGCUCUUUGCUUUAUUAAUCACAUCAGCCCGUACAUAAAAUCCUUUACAGUUUGCCCCAGAAACCUGAAUGGACCAAAAAUUGUCUAAAGUGACUCCAUUUUACCUGUAAUGGUAAAAAUAAUAUAGAAGCCCAUUCCUGUUACAUACCAGAAACAUGGUGGAAUACUUAUUUUUCACAUUAUUUUUAACAUUUUUAUAGAAGCAAAUUUUCAUGUACUCUGUAAUAAAUAUUAGAAUCAAAAAGGGAAACCUAAAGGUGAGACAUUUACAGAAAAGACCUUUUACUGAGGAUUUAAUUUGUCUUUUAAGUAUUUUGGGUUGAGAUGCAUUUUAGCAUAAUCUUUUGCUGUAUAUUUCACAGACAGGGCUUUUGUCUUGUGGCAGAGGUUGUAGUACCAUUAUUUCCUCAGUAGUGGGAGUUGUCUCCCUAUCAGAGGUUUGUUUGCCUCUCUUACUUGUGAAUGAAAGGACACAUCAUUGACCAGCUGAAAGCUCUGCUGAUCUAUAGCUGCUGAAAAGUAUUUCAUUGAUAUUCAAAAGCCUAAUUUUGACAUUGGCUGAAUAUUUUGUUGAGAUUAGUUCAGAUUCAUUCAAAGAUAAUGACAAGAGCAUGAAAUGUUGCCUUAAAAAGAUAUUUAAUUUCUUUAUUUCAUAUUAGAUGUGUCGUCUUCAGUGUGCAAAAUUUGCUGCCACAGUUUGGUUAACAAAGUAAUGUCUUGUCUGUGAUGCAGUGAUUUUCUUUGAGAGCAUGAUCAAAGACAGUCUGACCUUAUCUGAUCUUGGCAGCAGCAAUGCAUGCUGUUAAAGUCCUAAAGAGAACAGUUUCUGGAGUUUUCAAAGUGAAAUGUUACCUGAUACAGGUUUUCAGCCACCCAACAGUUCUGUGUCUCCUUCUUCAUAUUUUUUUUCUAAGUGGGAGCUAAUUUUCGCUCCAAAACCUGUUCAUGGGGCUCAGUAUAAAUGGUGCCUUCACAGAUGUGCCAGAACGCAGGGUCCAGCAGCCAUGAUUUUCAAAAGAAUAUCAAAUUUUGAUUCAUCAGACCACAGGACAAUUUCCCUUUUCACCAUAGUCUGUCUUAAAGGAGCUCAGGCCCAGAGGAGUAGCCACAGAUUUUGAAUUGAAUAUGGAGUCCUCUGUGUACGGUGCUAUUUGAAUCGACAUUUGUGGAUGCUAUAGUGGGAUUUUGAGCCCAUGCAGGGGUUACUACUACAAGAGAGUAAAUCAUAAUUCUGUAUGUGUAUGUGAAGGAAAGAAAUUAACUGUCCUAUUAACAGUGGGAUGGGGGGGUAUCUACGUAAGCCCCGUCACGAGUCUCCUAGUGCCCCGCUUUCCUGGCAGGCAGAACUAUUUUUAGCUCCUGACGUCACUGGUCUCCUCUGAUGGAGCUUCGUCAUGGCCGAAUACACCAAGCCAGGGGGGAGGGAGGGGGUAAAAUAGGUUUUGGUAUGUGUGUGUGUGUGUGUGUGUGUGUGUGUGGGGGGGGGGUUAUCAUUGAGGUAAGCCCUGCUACAGCUCCUCCCCCCUCUGCCAUGUCACACCAAUCAGGUGAGAGAUGCUGAAACACAUCACUGUGCUGGAUACAGCGUUCCUCAUAACCUCCACCUCUUCCUCCUCCCUCUCUCCUCUCUCCUCUCUAUCUAUCUCUCUCCCUCUCUCUCCCUCUCUCUCUCUCUCUCUCUCUCUCUCUCUCUGCUUCUGUGAAUUAGGCCUUUCAUUCAGCAUCGAUUGCAUAAUAGCCAUCUUUCAUUUAUCAGCCAUUGCUAUUGCUGGAGCGCCCAAGGCACACUGAGCUAAAAAUAGAUACAGGGGCAGGUGUCUAUUGCUCUGCUGCUGCUCUGUUAGCUAUUGUUUUGAAUCAGAGAUCAAAGUGUUGUAAAUUUAAAAACACCAUACUAAACACUUCAUACUAAAGAGUGAAACAAAAUGCAUUUACCAUCAUGUUUUUGUGACCUCCAAAAUUUGUGAAAAGGUUAACAGUUCUGAUGUUGGAUGUCGGCAGUUUUAUCCUUCGGUCUUGUCAGGGAAAUAAACGUCUCUUUCUAUUACACUGACCAGUCGAGUCAGCAUGUGUGUAAAUCACAGCCCUACUGAGGGAAAGAUGAGUACGCUGAGGCUGAAGAACACAUAAAAGAUUAGCAAAGACGAAUAAUUAUCAUGUAAACGAGUUUAAGCCCUUUCCUACGAUAUCAACCCCCUCAUUGCCCCCCAGAGAAAACUUGUCGUCAUUUUUCUUCUCUCUUACUCAAUUUUUCUUCUACAUUUGGCCUCUCCUCCCUCCUUUGCAUUUGAACAUUCUGUACCUGUGCUGCAGGAGAGGUAAAGAGACAUUAUUUAAGGCUGAUGUUUCCAAAACUGUACCAAGUCGAGAAAUCAUACUGUUUGGUCAAAGGGGGUAGACUUUGUUCAGGUAACAAUAUUUUGGAAACGUAAGAGCUAUCCAUCACAGCAGAAAAAUGAUCCCUUUCAGAAUCAAAACUCAUAGACAUAAUGCACUUUGUUCAGCUAAAGAGGUGAGAUGUUAGUGAGAGUGUUGAGGAGGGGGCUGUAUGGGUCGGUAGCUCUUCUGACGUACCUUGCAUGAAGUCAGUUCUGACGUCACACGGACAUAGCGCAGGGGAAGGAUGUGUGUGUGUGUGUGUGUGUGUGUGUGUGUGUGUUUUAUAUAUGAAAGUGAGAAAUUGCAAGGUCGACUGUUUAAUAAGAUGCUGUGAAAGUAGAAAAACGAGCACAUCAAGAAGACUUUGCCCUUGAUGUUAUUUUUCGAUGGUUUAACAUUACAUCAUAUGAAUAUUCACACACAGUGUUUUGGGAUGGUUUGAAUGGUGUUGCAUCUGUGGUCUCCUACAAGAUCAUGUGGGACACUUUGUUAAAACAAAAUAUUCUGUUUAACCUCAAUAACAUCUAAUAAUAACACAUGCAGCCCUCCCCACAGUCGACAUCCUGCUCAGCAAACACUGCGGGGUCUUUAUCACCGCUUAUCUCCACCUUGUCUUUUCCUUUUCCCAGCCCUCUCUUUUCUGUCUCCAUCGAUACAUUUACACCUCUCAGUAUUUUGGUGUCACAGAAUUUGGACUUGCAGAAAAGCCUCAAAAUCCCUGUUAACUUGUAUCUAAAAGUACUAUAAAUGUCCUUAGUGUUAAGACUGCUGUGAUUUUCCAUCUUUAUAUUUGACCUCUGUCAUGUUGUCAGGUGUCAAGGCUACUAAAUACCUCAUUCUCACAUAUUUCCAGACAUCUUGUACAUGGGAGACAAGGUCUAAAACGGAGGGAACACGCCAUCUUAACCAUAACUAAUGGAUAAAAUGACAGUUUUCUACAAAGAUUAAGAAAUGUUCAGGGUAACCAAGGUAUCAACUUUAAGAUCACUUUGUAGCUUGCUGUCUGUGGUUGAUGGAGAACCAAAGCUUCCUUUCCUAAAAUUGAGAUUGAACUUCACUAACAGCAACUAGCUCACUGGGUUAAGUUCAUCAUGUCGAACAUUGUAACCCAGUUUAAUUUUCUAAGUUUGCAAAUUAAGUGGUAAUUUUUAUGUUUGUUUCACUCUCUCUCUCGCUCUUUUUCUGCAGUUUUGAUGUGGAGAAUGGCCUGUCAGUGGGUCGCAGUCCCCUGGACUCUCAGACUAGCCCCGGUUCUGGUCUGGUACUUCAAGCCAACUAUCCCCACAGUCAGCGCCGUGAGUCCUUUCUUUACCGCAGCGACUCAGACUACGACCUUUCGCCCAAAACCAUGUCCCGCAACUCGUCCACUGCCAGCGACCUGUGAGUAUUUUAAGGAUUACCCCAUUCAUCCCUUCACAGUUGCAAACACAUCAACCCAUAGGCUUAUCUGUUAUAGCGAUUAUUCUCAUUUUCUGGAAUCAAAGGAAAAUCUGUUUAUCCGCUAUCAGAAAAAAUGACACAAAUGAUUUUGUAACAAUAUACAAAGAAAGACUCAAACAAGCCAGGUGAUCCCAUAACUUGUUAAACUUCAAAAACAGGUACAGAAGGUAAUAUUAUUUACUUUUCAUCUGACUGCAGACAAGGUGAGGAAUACCAACAACAUACUUAAUCUCUAUAUUUCCCCUUUAACUAUGUACUGUGGUGAAACAGUAAAAAAAUAAUCAGUAUGAAUAAUCUAUGUCUUAAACUAUCAAAGUGGAACUUCUUCAGAGCUUUAGUUCUUCUGUAAAACAGGAGAAAGCAAGUUCAGUUAAGACAUACAAACUCAAGUCAGAGCUACAAUCUCAGCCUGGAAUUAGAUUUCCAUCCAGUUCCUGCCUGUUUGUGCAGCUAAAGGUUUCUUUGUGCAGCUAGCAGUCUCCACCACCAAUAGCUGUCGCUCCUUUGUUUUGAAGGGAGGAAGGAUUGAAGCAUUGGGAAGUCAAUUGGCAGCCUCGGUGAGACAAAGUGUGAAGACUGCUGUGGUUUCCUCUCUUUUUCUUUGACCUCUGCCAUGUUGUUAAGUGUCAAGGCUACUAAAUACCCCACCCUCACAAAUUUCCAGACCUGCAAGUCACCUUUUCCUAAAUGAAAUGAAAAGGAAAGGAUCACUGAAUUAAAAAAAAAACUUUUAAGAGCUGGCACGAACUGUGUCAUUUAUGUAUUCAACAUCACAUCUGCAGACAUGUCUGAUUCUGACUCAGUAUUUUCAACCAUAAGUGAAGUUUUAGGCUCAAGCUCCAGCAGCAAGGACAUAAUAAUAAUAUUAAUAAUGCAUCAGAUUUCAUAUAGCGCUUUAUCAGAGACCCUCAAAGCGCUUUACAAUGCAUGCAUGUUGUGACCCCAAAUCUCUGCCUUUACAAACACUGGCUUUUGAGCACCAAAUGCAUGAACACUACUGGUCACCUGCACAUUAUUCCCCUUAUCCAAAUAUUUACCUUGGAGGCACACCUUCUGAAUUUAAUCUGCAUUUACAGGUGAAACAAUAUCAACAUAGCAAUGGAGACAAGUUUUAAGGCACAUCUUAUACACAGUUUAAAUAUUCACUCGUUGUUUAGCUCAGUUAAUUCUUUGGAAAGUUAUCUGGAUGUUAAGCUGCUAAAUGCCACAGUACACUAUGACUGUACUUACAGCAUGUGAUACUUCAGGUUGAACAGAUAUCACAUACUCAGAUAAAAACAAGUGAGUUUUAAUUGUAAUAUGACAAAUAAUGUGUUCAUUUCUUUAGUUUCAGCUUAAUACUUUUAAACACAUACAUAGAACUGAUUUAAAAACUUCACUCUGCAUCUUUGCCUCCAAGGAAUAUUUGUCCAACCAAACCAACUUCCUCUUUUCUACAACCAGUUUGAUAUUUCAGACUAACUUCUUGUCGGCCAGCUGAAACACUCCUAUCACCCACCCCUUGAAAUGAAGACAACUAACUCUUUGUUGUCAUCCUUAUUCCUUAUCUUUUUUAUUUUUAAGUUUGGCAUCAAGACUCAUACUUGUCUUUUACUUGACGUCUCUUUGUGCAUGUGUGCCGUUGCAGGCAUGGAGAAGACAUGAUUGUGACUCCAUUCGCACAGGUAAGUAGCAUUUGUUAUCUUGCCACUUUGAUAGACCUUUAAAGUUAUCUGGUCUGUAGCCUUGAAGUUUUGAUUGAACCCAUGUCUUCUCUGAGGGUAAUAUUUCACUCAGCCGUGUGCCCAUUCAAACUAAUAUUGUCUAAUUGCAAGUUUGGGUCUGUCUAGACUCUACACUUGGCUCCUCAAUGGCCCUUACUCACCAGCCGGUGAAAUAAGUGAUAGUUCGUUUUCACAGAAAACACCCACACACAUUCUCUUUGUACUGAACAGCUUGUUCUGAGUCCCUCUGUGCGUAUCUGCCCGUCAGUGGUGUUGCAUUAGUGUAAUAUGUGUACAUGACUGUUAGUUACUUAUGGUUGUUGGACUCUAAAGCUCUGUGAGGAGACUAACAUCGAUACAAACAGCUCUUUAAUAUUUAAAAGCAAACAACUGUAAGUGAAUCUUUAUGCCGCCAGUACAAUUUCAGUGAGUUAUAUGCUUAAUUAUUAAACAUGUGAACCUGACGAAGUUUAACACCUCAUAGUGAAAAUAGAGUGUGUUUUUAUUAUUAUAUUUAACCACAAAAUACCAUAUUCUAAUGCCAAAGACUUAGACCUGGCUUUAUUUUAAAUAUGAUACACCACCAAUGCAACUUUUUUGAAACAUGCAUGAAGUUCAGAGGGAGCCUAUUUAUCCGGUAAAACCAAAUUGUUGCGCUUUUUUUUCAUUUAAAACAUAAUCUUUAAGCUGUUUUCAAGUAAAGAUAUGUUUGAAAUGAUGUUCAAAUUGUCAACAUUUAAACAAUAUCACACAACUCUUUUGGAGUUUAGGUUGUACCUCCCACAUAUCAACAGUUAUCCUAAAGCUUAAGGUGUGCAGCCAUCAGAUACUUAUUGAUAUUCACAUAUCACAACUUUUUAGAGUUCAAAAACUGGCAAGCUGUCCCUUCAGUUUUUUUUCAACCCUCUUCAGUGAGGACACUCAACUUUGCUAUACGCUCACGUUUCUCUCAUCUCUGUUAAGGUUCUUGCGAGUCUGCGAACAGUAAGAAGUAACUUUGCUGCUCUGACACAUCUGCAAGACCGAGUGGGAAACAAGUAAGAUGAAUGAAACAGAGCAGAUCUCUGCUUGCUCGCUUGUUGUUGUCUUCUUCUAUUAAUUCCUCAUCUGCUCCGUAUUUCAGGCGGCCAACGACCAGCAACCAGCCACCUGUAUGUAAGCAAUGUCUUACAGGUCAGUGUUGAUCCAUCUCUAUCCUCUAUUGCACCUUUGCUGCUUUUCAUUUCAGAUACUUUUGUAAAAAUAAACGUAGUCUCCUAUAAAUAAUUUUAGAGGAGUUGGAUGACAGGCCCGUAACACUUGCUUGUGUUUGACCUCUUCAGAGGAGCCCUACCAGAAGUUGGCGAUGGAGACUUUAGAGGAACUGGACUGGUGUCUGGACCAGCUGGAGACUCUGCAGACCAGAAACUCAGUCAGUGAAAUGGCAUCCAAUAAGGUGAGAAGUCUGUUCUUCAUACAGACUCUGUAGGAAACCUGUUUGGGUCAGUGGAGGUGACGUUAAAGAUUUCUAGCAAAGUAUUGCUGUUCCAGUUGGUUGAAGCUUAUCAUGAAAACAGUUACCAUUGAGAACUGUGGGUGCUGAAGCAGACGGCCAAUCACAUAUUUAUUAAGGCUCUGAACCCCCAGGUUUAUGAAGAUGUUGAGUCCUCUUCAAGCCCUUAUUAAUGCAUUUUUUCAAAAUAAUUCAUUUUAUAUGCCUUUCAAACAUUUUAUUAGAAUACAGCUGAAAAAAACAAGGUGAAGAAAUACUAACCUAAACAGAAAAUACCCUUUGACAGUGGCUGAAAAUCAUAAAGAUAUACCUAAGAGAAAAACAUCCUAUCCACGUUCCAGCAUUUGUGUUCAGCAUCACUUCUUUUUCAUUGUUAUAUUUGGUUAAAACAUGAAAAGUCAUGAGUGUAAAUCCAGUGUUACAACACAUUCAGCUGUAGAGUAAGGCAUGCCAGACUCGCUCAGAUUCAUGAAUGGUAUCUCCCUCCACUGAAAGAGUUAACCAACAUCUCCACACUGCCAUCCAUUCUGCUCCUCUGCACCACCCUGUGGCUACACUUUCCCUGCCUUAAUCUCUCAGUCAGCCAACCAGGUUUCUCCUCAACACCCAGCCCCUUAAGCGAGUCGAUUCUUAUUGGUCACUGAAGGGGGAACUGUGUGAGAGGCGGGGGAGGGGGAGUUCCUCACAACCUCCCGCUCUCCCUCUCGAUGUUCCUCAUUGACAGAGUGUGACAGUAGUUGAAUGAGCAACUGCGGUCACACACCCUCUCCCUCCAAUUGUAGACCACAUCCUCUAUUUUCCCCACCUCUCCCCACCUUGCCCUUCCCCUCCGACUCCCAGAACCCCUACCUCACCUUCAGGAUGGGACAUGGGACUGUGGGAACUUCAAAAAAGACUUCUGUCUCAUGUUCAAACCGUCCCUGCCGAGUGCACAGCAGAAAUGAAUGUGAAGAUUACAGCUUGUCACAAAGUAAACCAACUCUUCUGCGAGUGGUUUUGGAUUUAAGGGACCUUAACAUCAACAUGCGUGGGCUGACAUGCCUGCGUCAGCUCUCCGGGAUAAUGUUUGCUGGAGACUCACACAGGUGAGCGAUGGAAACAGUUUCUUGCCUCGUUACUGGAGGAGCUGCUGGUCAGUGGUGCAGGGGGGUGAACAGCAAGUGAACCCAGGACUGGAUCCACAAAUAGGAUGAAUGCUGAGAUUGUGUGUGUGUGUGUGUGAGUGUGUAUAUGCAUGUAUAUAUGUGUGCAUGAUAAACUGAGUAAGAGGAAAAAGAGUCUUGCAUGUAACCAGUGUGAACUGUUAUGAUUUUUGUGAUGAUGAGCUUUAGAGCUGAGAGUUGAUUUACUGCAGGAGAAAUUAGACUGUUAUUUACAAAUGUUGGACGGCAUGUUUGUCUGUGAGAAAUUGUUUGAAAAAAAUCUGCAGAAAAGUAAACUAACUGAUGAACAGACACAUUUUGUGUAAAGGAUACUUCAUAUUAGUGUAUAUAUUUUGUGUCACCCAACAGCAGUGUUACUACUGCAGCAUCACUCUCAAACCCAGAUCCCCUCCCUCCCCCCUCAGCCACCACAUGCCAAAGCAGUUACAUAAUCAGUGUGGAAGCUACCGCUGCAACAAAACAUCAGGGGGGUUACUAUAGACUCCUGUUUUUAAAAACUUUUUGGAAAAACAUAUGAGUGGUGUUUGAAGCUACCAACAGUGCAGAUUUGUCCCUGUGGUUUUUAAAUAGACAUCUUAUUAGAAGUGUAACCAUCAUCUCCUAUUUUAGAGGCAUUACAACACAAUUUGGAUGUACAGUUAUCGAUACUUGAUAGAAUUUACACUUAGAUUGGAGGCCAAAAAAAGUGGUGAAUGAAUGAGACUUGCUUUGUAAUCAUGAUUUUACACCAGGACUGCAUAUCUCAGUGUUUUAUUAUCAAUGUACCUGACCAUUGUUUUCAGUUAAACGUCAAACAUAUAGUCCCAAAAAAAAAACAGGUUUAGCAAAGAUGAUGGGGCACCGUUUCUCAUCACAAAAUAACAUUUUAUUAUCUACAUUUUUGCUUCAAAUGUUUUUUUUUAUUUUUCAACAUAUUUCUGUGAAAACUUUACAAACCAAACACUAACAUGAACACAUUAACUAUCUGUCCUGCAUCUAAUUCUUCACUUUCACCCUCCAUAAUCCCAGAAAGAAAAAAUAUGUACACAUGAGAAUUAGGACUUCCCACUUAAAGCAUCAUUUAAGUAUUUUCUUCUUCUUCUCAAGGGAAAAAAAUAUACCUUGCUAAAAAAAAAAAUAAUAAAAAUACCUUGCUUCAUAAUAUCCUUACUGCUCUAUUGCUGUUUAUAAAUGUUCAACAUGUUUUAGCUUUCCAUCCUGACUUAAUGUGUUUUUCUCCAUGGUUUUGUUGUGUCUUCACAGUUUAAGAGGAUGCUAAACCGUGAGCUGACGCAGCUAUCGGAAACAAGCCGCUCAGGAAAUCAGGUGUCAGAGUUCAUCGCAAACACUUUCCUCGGUGAGUUUCAACACAAAAUGGGAAUAGAAUAAAUGAAAUAAAUUUUAGAAAGAGUUGUUUGUCAUUUAAAGCCCUCAAUAUUCAUUCUUAUUCUUGCUCAGUUAAAAUGACUUUAUCACAGUUUCAGAUACUCCCAUAACUUUUACGAUGCAGGACUCUUUGCAUCUUUUCAAAUAAGAGGAACAAUUGUAAUCAAAACACAAAUUAAAGAAAUUAAACUUUUUCCUGUAAAAAUAAUGAUAAAAGCAUCAUGAACAACAUUUUUGGUGGCAUUCCUUUCUCUAAAGCUAUCAUGUCGAUUGGGUCACUUAUACCCUCAGAACACAUGAAAACUUUGAAUUGUGAAAGCUGUGUGACUUGACUUGCAUCAAACUGCUGCUUAAAUGACAAGGAGUAGUAGAUCUGUGAUUUUUGGAGCACAGACAGGGACAGUUUUUUUUUUUUUUUUUUUUGCAGAGAUCACAUUUAAAAAUACAAGGUGUAGUAUUCCUUUAUUAUGGUGGUAAAGAAAGGAAGAAGGAAGCAGAAAUCAUUUAAGAAAAGAGGAAUUUGAGGCAGAGUUUUUAAUCUGAAUAUACAAAGACCACGUGUGUGUGUGUGUGUGUGUGUGUGUGUGUGUGUGUGUGUGUGUGUGUGUGUGUGUGUGUGUGUGUGUGUGUGUGUGUGUGUGUGUUAAACGGAGGGAGAGGAGGACUGUUUAAAUGACUGUGAAGGUGAAGAUUUUUCCUUCCUUAAGAGAGAAGGAGGCACGGCGACAGACAGCAUUCCCGGACACAUUGUGUGGCGUUGUCGUAGCAACAGGGUGCAGUAUUAUUAGACGGCGUGUUGCAUCAAUAGGGGGCUCAGUCUUCAAGAGCCCUGCUGGCAGGAUGGAGGUCCAGCCGCACGAGGAUGGAGCUGUCAAUCGGAUGUUGUUUUGCUAUGAGUGCCUCGGCGUUUGGCCCGGCUGCAUUUGGAAAUGAACACAAUGGUUUUGGGUGUGAGGAAGAGGAGACACUGUGAGAGAGGUGAGAGGGGCCAGACAACGCCUCGUGUGAUGCUGUCACUCAGGUUGCUCUGUGUCUUGGUGCCGGCGUGUGCUCGUACCUUGGAUCUGAUCUGGAUAUUAUUCUGAAAAUCCUCCCUGGAUGGACGAUAUUUGGAAACAGGCUGGCUUUGAGUCAUAAUGGGUUUAUCAUUCUCGUGGUUUGUACAAAUGUGAAUGAGUCAUUUUCAUCACUAUCCUGUGUGAAGGAACAGCACCUUUGUGUCAACCCCUCAUAAGGAUAAUACAGUGAUUCUGAUUUUGGGAACCUAUUUUGGGGAUUUCUGUAUUUUUGCCUUAAACAGUAGGUAAAAAAUAAAAUCUCCAACCUGUAACUGUGAUGAAGCUGUUACAGACACAUUUAGACAAACACGAGAAGCGCUUCGUCAUCAAGCUCAAGGUAUUGCUGAGCUACUGAAAAGCUGAUUUAGCUCAGCUUUCUACUACUGGUAAUCUGAACCUGUAAGCUUAUACAUGCUCAUACCUGUUUUUCUCUGAUCUUAUUGUUAUGUACUCCGGAUAUACUGUGUUGAUUCCCUGUCAGUGACCUGCUAACCUUGAUCAACUUGCAGCACCACAUAAUGUUGUAAUAGAAUCAAUCAACUCAUUUUUUCAUCUAUUCAUUAUUCUAUUUGUAUAAGGAAUGAUAAUCCACUCAAAAAGGAGACAGAUGAAGUUAAUCACAGAUACCCCUCAUUUUAUAUGACUUUUACGUGGAAAAUACCAACCAAAAGUCAUCUUUUGUGCGGACAAUAAAUACCCCGAAAUAUUGGUGUGCAUGCAAAACAUCUGUAGUCCCCACCAUGCCUGAAAAAUGUUCAGAAAGGUUUUUUUUUUUUACUUAUUCUGGUUGUGAGAAUGAUCUUACUACUGAAGUAAUGUCAGGUCUUGUCCUUCACAGGGAAACCAGCACAGUAUCUUAGUGUGUAAAAAAUGAGCACUUGUAUUCAUGCUGCCCACUUGGUUGUAUUAGUGGUUUGGACUGGCUUUCUUCUAUAACACUCUGUGAUGUAUUUAACAAGACAAAUGUAUUAACAUGCUGUAGUAUGUACAUGUAGUUAGAGGGUCUUGGAGAUAAUAGUGAUCAUUAAGGUAGAGUUUGUGGUUCACACUGUUGUGAUAAGAGUCUUAGUGAAGUUUAAGCUGUUGUAGAUGGAAUAGUUGAGUUGGUAUCAGCUGCUGCAGCCAAAAGUUUUAGCAUCGUCAAUGUUAGCAUAAGCGGUACGUGCUCCAGCUGUAUUUUUUUGUGCUUGUUAAACGCUAUGGUCACUAGAAAUGAUGAGGUCAGUUGUAACAGCAAAAGUUGAGAUUUAACCUAUGGUUGUUACCAGCCAGUAAAGGUGGUUUACCUGUCCAUCGGAAAGGUUACAGAGUCUGUAAGAUCCCAAAGCUUCCCCUAUCAUUGCUGACCCGGCUUUUUGUUAGCUCUUGUCCGAGUGGUCUACCUCCUUUUUAAGCGCCCGUUAUUGCGCCAGAGUCUCUGGUAUUUACUCAGUUUUCUUGCUUGUGUUGGCAGUCGUGGCCAAAGGAGGAUUCAGACAGUUUUUCAUUCUUUCUGGUUGGUUUCCACUGUCUGAUAUUUUAGCACGCUAACUUUGUUUGGGCUCCUGAACAACAUGGGGAGCAGCAUCUGCCUCACAACCAAUCAGGUUGGGGGAGGCGGAGAACAGCUUUGUUUACAGUCAGAAAGAGCGGAGCGCUCUGAAAUGUUAAAAUGUUGACUACACAGGCGCAACAAAACACAGCGAUAUUGUUAUAUUACCAAAUGUCAUCAAUGACCAAUGGCUAUUGACUGAUAUUAAAAGCUUUUUUGUAUAUACACCACAAAAAAGAUGCUUCUUUAAUGGAAUCCUGCCUACCCCACCUUUAACUAGGGAUGCACCGAGGCAUCGGUUGAACAUUAGUAUCAGCAAUGCCAGUAGCUGGUGUUUGUAUCCUGUAGUAUCCUGUCUUUGUCUUCACCACAUCUUUGUAAAUCUGGGAAACUAUCAAACUUGACUGCUGAUUCAGAGAGUUUGUAUUGGGCAAACUCUUGUUUAUUUAAUUAUCAAACAUGAGAAAAGACAAUGUGUGCAGUGUGGGAGUAAUACAAGGUCUGUGAGAAGGAUCAGCUACUCGUUCCAGAGACAUUUUGAGCAGGACUUUAGAUCAGGGACAAGCCAAUAUCAAAACACAUCAAAUCUCAUAGCUCAUUUGAAAAGCAGACACAAGUAAUCACAUAGAAGUGUGCAAAACACGUAGAUUUUAUCUGUAUUAGUAUCCUACCUGAUUCUCUAAAUUAAACACAUCUUUAUGAGAAAAGAGGAGUGAGAGCCUCAGGAAUUUCUUCAGCUAUUUCAGCAAACGUUGGUUAUGUGUCGUACUGUCAGGAAAGACAAAGUAAUGCUGAGUUUCUUGUGCACAUAGAAGGAUCAGUUAGUCCAGUCAUGUAAAGGCACUAUGAACUAAAUCAGAAUAUACAGUACAUUUGGCAAAGACAUUUCCUUUCUUUAGUCUUUUUUUUUUCACAAAGAGAAGCUCAAAUGAGUGUAAAUGCUUCUGUGCAAACUAAACUUUUUCAUUUCCUUAAAUAUUUACUGAUGCUAUACCCUAAUUAUGCAUAUAGUAUAUGGAAAUAUAACAUUACUUCACCUACAGUAACACUUAAGUGAAGUAUUAGAACUUAAGUAACUUCACAUAUCCCAGGGAGGGUUCCAGUUCAGGAAAUACUUUCUGAUAACCUUGACUUGGAUUAUGAUCUGAUCACAUGUGUGUAUGAAACAAUCUGUUCUUCCAAAAACAAGAUCACAUUUUGUUUACUCGUGUUUUUUAAAUUAACACCUUAUCAUUUUUUUGUGAUAAAAAUCAGGAGUAAGUGAGUAAAUGAGUGAAACAGUCGGGGGGGAAACUGAAUUGAGAUUUCAUGAUGUUUCAAUCUGUUUACACAGAGAAACAACAUGAUGUGGAGAUCCUGUCUCCGCCUUCCAAGGAGGAGAAGAAGAAGAGGCCGAUGUCACAGAUCAGCGGUGUGAAAAAAGUCACACAAAGUCCUGGUCUAGCAUCAGCCUGCAUCCCUCGCUUUGGAGUCAACACAUCACAGGAAACCAUGCUGGCCAGGGUGGGUCCACAUACACUUGAACACUCAGAUACACACAUAGACAUUCGCACUGUGUCUCAUAGAUGCCCUGCUCUCUUCUUCAGGAGGUGGAGAACAUUAAUCGUUGGGGUCUGGAUAUAUUCAAGAUAGCUGAAUUUUCUGGGAACCGCCCUCUGACGGUUGUCAUGUACUCCAUUUUUCAGGUAGGUCAACCCUUCAGCUUUGAGUCUGAUCACCUCAUGAUAUAAGAAAAAUACACAUUGAUUUGUGCAGUGAAGAAAUCACUGUUUUCUUCUGCAGUACAUUUUUCACUUUGAGAUCAGGACUUUCAGUUUGACUCUGACUCUUCUCUCACUCUGCCAGGAGCGAGAUCUUCUGAAAACUUUCAAAAUCCCAGCUGACACCUUCAUCACAUUCAUGAUGACUUUGGAGGACCACUACCAUGCAGAUGUAGCUUACCACAACAACAUUCAUGCAGCCGACGUGGUGCAGUCCACCCACGUCCUUCUGUCCACGCCUGCGUUAGAGGUCAGUUUUACAAUCAGACAAAAAAAUCUGUCCGUUGGCCUCGCACUUGAGUAACCUUUUUCAGGACAACUCAUUGGAACAGUUUAAUGUCAGUGUAUUUCGUGAAAUGAAUAUGUUUUUUGUUCUUUGCUGAUCCAAGGCGGUGUUCACAGACCUGGAGAUCGUGGCUGCUCUGUUUGCUAGUGCCAUCCAUGAUGUCGACCACCCAGGGGUCACCAACCAGUUCCUGAUCAACACCAGUAGGUUUUUGUCCAUGACCUUUGAAAACCACCAAUGAUCCACGGACAUGAGAAAAUACUCAAAAUAAGUCCAGUCAUGCCCAAAAAAUAUCUAUCUCUUUCUAAUUUAGUUUGGUUCCACAGGGGUCACCUACACUUCAUAUCCACAUGCUUUUGGUUGGGUAUUGAUUUUGAACCCUUGCAAUGGCACAGGAUCUCACAGUACUGAUUCAAAACACAAAAUUAAGCAGAAUCAUAAUGGGUCUGUCCUGUUACACCUAUGUGUGCAGGUUCAGAGCUAGCGCUGAUGUACAAUGAUGCCUCGGUGCUGGAGAAUCACCAUCUCGCUGUGGGCUUCAAGCUGCUCCAAGAAGAAAACUGUGACAUUUUUGAGAACCUCAGCAAGAAACAGAGAGACUCCCUCCGCAAAAUGGUGAUCGACAUGGUGAGACUGCUGCACUUCUUACAUCGAAUAUUGAUAUAACUUAAAACUUGAAAGUGUGCUCUUUAUUUUGUGUUGCUCAUGGUUCUGUUAAGUUUGUGCUUAGCUGAUACAGAAACUUCACUUCACUUGUCUCACUCCAUUUCAAAGACUUUGCAGGACAUGCUGCUUAUCAAAACAUUCACACUCCUUUCCUACUGCAAGUGGUGAUCUCGAUUUGUGUUUGUUGUUUUCAUAAGGUGCUUGCCACAGAUAUGUCCAAACACAUGAACUUCUUAGCGGACAUGAAAACAAUGGUGGAGACCAAGAAGGUGACCAGUCUGGGAGUCCUGCUGCUGGACAACUACUCUGACCGUAUCCAGGUGAGCGUGUCCCCAAAUAUCUGAUAUUAUAAGAUGCAAGUUCCCUCACGAAUCAGACACUACUGCUGCCACCUGCUGGUCAUUUCAGCUUUGUGUCACUAAACUAUCUACUACUACUGUUGUGGUGUUAGCAGACAAUUGUGACAUAGAAUAAAAACAUCGCUGAUUUUGUUUCUCUCAUUUUUUCGGAGUUUUAAUCAUCAAGGUUAUAAAAACUGAGACUAACUGAGUAUUUCUCCUCCAGGUUCUGCAGAACAUGGUCCACUGUGCCGACCUGAGCAACCCAACCAAACCUCUGGAGCUUUACAGGAAGUGGACGGACCGGAUCAUGGUGGAGUUCUUCACCCAGGGAGACCGAGAGCGGGACAAGGGCAUGGAAAUCAGCCCGAUGUGUGACAAACACAAUGCUUCCAUAGAGAAGAACCAGGUGACUAGAGAAAAUUUGAUGUUUGGGUGAUUGUGUUUUCCUCAACAUUUAUUUUACAGUAAAAAGAAUGUGGUGAUCGCUCAAAUCACUGCUGUGCCACACUUGCUCCUUCUGCUGAUAUUGUUUGGUUGAUGAAGUAGGAAAAGAAAUUGGUUAUAGUUGCUCUUUUUUAUCGACCUUUCAUUGUGGUCUGUAUUAGUGGAAACAUUCAGAACUAUUUCAUUAACCCUAGAACACUAUCGCUAAAAUUAAUAACACCAUUUAUGUGAUUUUUACCCGAAAAUAAUAAAAGUACUUGUCAUUAAAAUAUAUCAAAAUAGGACAAUACAUGACAAAUUUAAGUAGUUUUAUUUUUAACUUUUGCAAUGUCCAAAGGGAGGGAAAAAAAGUGCCAUGAGGGGACCAUAUAACAAUGCAAAGAAAUAACUGGAAUUAGGCAUUCAUGAACAAAUAUUUCCUAAAAAAAUAUUAAACCUGUAAACUUAGUUUCUUUUCCACCCAUUCCUGGGGCAUGUGAGUCUUCCCUGAUGAAGACUCCGGGUCCUCGACGAUAACAGCAGCAGGAGAGAGAACCAAAAUAUGGCAGAUUUUGAGUGAGUAAAAAUGACCAGCUGACUAGAAUAUUUCUUAUCACCAUAUGAAUUCCCUUGAAAAUCCCCACUUUCACUACUAUCACUACUAGCAUGCAAAUUCCAGGACCACUCUUACUGACCUUAUUCGCCUAUAUGCAGCUAUCAAAUCCACCCAAACCUACUUUACCCUCUAUCACUAUUGCCGGGUGAAAAUCACCCUGUGAACACAUGCCUGUAGGAAAAAGCAGGUUUUGGAUCAGGGAAACAAAUGUUCCUUCAAAGAUGUCAAAGACAAUGCUGAAGCUACCCAGAGACCCAUGAUACUCAGACAAACGCAAAAUGAUGAAAAUCACGUAAACAUGUUUGGUCGGGUGAAAAUCACCCGGCGAUAGUGUUCUAAGGUUACAGUUAAAGUCAUCGAUUACUCUCUAAUUGUUGAUAUAUUUAUGAAUUUAUCAUUGUCAUCAUUUUGACCAGGUGGGCUUUAUUGAUUACAUCGUCCACCCUCUGUGGGAAACAUGGGCAGAUUUGGUGCACCCUGACGCUCAGGACAUCCUGGACACGCUGGAGGAUAACAGGGAGUGGUACCAGAGUAUGAUUCCCCGCAGCCCCUCACCUUCAAGUCCAGAGGAGCACCACUCUGGGAUGGGACCAGGAGGAGACAGCGCUUUGGGAGCAGGAGGGACGCUCUCUUCAGGAGGCGGAGUGGGGGACAAGUUCCAGUUCGAACUUACACUGGAGGAAGAGGAGGAGGAUGAAGAGGAGGAGUUGGAGUCUGAACUGGAGAGUCCUCUUGAGGAGGAGUCCCAGUCGGGUGGGGAGCGGCACCAAGACUCUUCUUCCCCCUCUUUGUCUCCAGACCCCCGCAGCAGCAGCAGCAGGUACCGUCCCCCCUCGCCUCACCCGUCUCGGGCCUUGAGCCUAGCUGCCAUGUCCGUGAGGAACCCGCAACCCCACAGGACGCUGGCCUCCCCGGGACACGGGGGCACUGACAGGGACAGAGACCUGAGCCAGGAGGGUGACGGGGUGGCCUGUCUACGCAUGGGAACAUAA